AAAUUCAAUGCUAUCAUGGCUGAUAGCACAGAUGAUCCAGGCAAACAUAAGGAUCCAACCAUAGAUGAUGCCGGCGGCGGCCGCGUUGCCGGAGGAGGAGGAGUAGCAGAGGAGGCAGUAGGAGGUGUGAGUAGUCCACCUCCAAUACCAGCUGUUCGUCGUCGACGUGCGCAUGAGCGAAAAACGCAAAGUGAAGAAAAUGUUGAGGAACAUCAGGAGCAGAAGCAGGAGCAAGAGGGAGAGGCCAAACAGCUGGAGACAUCGACGGUGACGCGUACUUAUAUGAAAACCAUAACGACAUCUCUAAGCACCACCUCCAGCAGUACAACCAAUGUAGAACAAGUGGUGCUGGAUUCACCGCAGCAACGUUUGCGUCAAAAGGUUGCCCAAUAUGAGAAGGUAUGGUCGGAUGGUGGGGCUGCCGGACAGAAGCGAGCGGCUGAGCAAACAGCUGAUGAACUUCGGCAGGAUGCCCGUUAUGAUGACGACUAUGAUGCGGAGAAUCCCUUUGAUAUUGAUGUCCAUGAGAUUGAACGUCGUUUGAGGGAGGAGCGACAGCGUGGCUUGGCGGAAGCAGAGGCAGCCAAAUUAGCCUUCCAGCAGGUCCACUUGCGUCAUGCCACACCGUCGCCGCGUCGCGUAGAAGUGACCAGUGAACAUAUCUCUAGUCCCUUCAAUGUGACCUUGAAAACGACGAGCCGCAUGAGUCCCGGAGCCGAUUCCGGCAAUGUGGAGGAACAGUUGUCGCCAUUUAACGUUACCCUACGUACCACUCGCCGUAAAACGGUCAAGAAGGAUCUGUCCCGUCAAAUGGAAUUGGAACAGUUUUUGGAUGGUGAACGACGAACAGUGCGAGAAGUUCCCGCUGCUGACGGAGUACGUACCAUAAUCACAUCAUCCAUGACCAGUGAUGGAGGCUAUGCCGAUGAGAAAAUUUAUCGUCACGGCGAGGGUUAUGUAUCACCACGAGAUUCGCCCUCUUGGUCGCGUUCCAGUUACUCCAGUGAGAGAUCUAGUGUCACUCCACCAAAAAGUGUUGACAUGACAGCCGGUGGUAGACGCAUACUGAUUAAACUGGAAGAUGAACACGAACUACUGGAGGAGCACCACCAACAACAUUCGACCACUUCCUUUAAGGAAGAACUGCACGACGAGACUGAUAGCUCGGUGCGGUCACGCAUUAGACAAUUUGGUGGCCAAGACGAAGUCAUGGCAACCGGCAACAUUGACAUUACCGUGGGCAGUAGCAACAACCCUCGCCGGCGUUUGUACCAGCAAACAACAUUGCCAGCAACUCUAGUUGGUGGUGGCAACGAGACGCCACAACAACAGCAACUGCAACACCAACACCAACAACAGCGAGAACGUCCCCGGGAAUUGGUAACGAAGACAAUGCUAACUCAGACAUCCACACCAAUUGGCACGAAGGAGCAACCGCAAACAACAAUUGCCAGUUCACCAGCAACGUGCCAAUUGCGCGGUUCUUCAACGGAAGAAUCCCGGAAAAUUGUAAGCCACAAAACGAUCAAAACGACUCACACCACAUCUUCGUCCUCGUCCACGUCAACGUCGCGUAAAUCAAUUGCCGGUUCGGUGUCUCCAGCCGGCAAUAUAUCGUUUACCUCCUCGCAAAUCCGUGUCGGUCAAGUUGAGUCCCCCGUUGAUAAUGCCGAUUUAAUUGAUAACGAUUCCGAUACGGAAGGUGUUUUAGCCAGCAGUCUAGUGAUUGUACCCUCACCGUCUCGCUCUGCCACGCCUUCGUCUGCAUCAAUAACGCCCACUACUCCGCACACUCCUCUUACUCCGCACACGGCACACGCCCUCAGCGGCGUUGGCACUUUCAGCAAGAGUCUGCGUCAGGAUUAUCAGACUCAAGUACAGCAAAGUAGCCGCAGCAGCAACGAAAACGAAUAUCAGGAAUUCCAAUCCACCAUGGCGUCAAUCAAUUUUGCACGCAGUAAUUCCCAAUAUGAUAGCCAUAUCAAGGAGAAACGAGAGGAGCAAGAACGUGUGCAAAAGAAGACAUUCACUAAUUGGAUUAAUUCAUACCUAUUGAAGCGUGUUCCACCGCUUCGUAUUGAUGACUUAAUCAAUGAUUUACGCGAUGGCACAAAGCUAAUCGCAUUGCUCGAAGUACUAUCCGGUGAACGAUUGCCCGUGGAGAAGGGCCGUGUACUGAGACGUCCACAUUUCCUUAGCAAUGCCAAUACAGCCUUACAAUUUUUAGCCAGCAAACGCAUCAAAUUGGUCAAUAUUAACCCGGCAGAUCUGGUGGAUGGGAGACCACCAGUUGUGUUGGGUCUGAUAUGGACAAUUAUAUUGUACUUCCAGAUCGAGGAGAAUAGCCGCAACCUAGAAUAUUUGGGUCAUGGUAUUGGCGGUUCGGUUAGCUCGCUCGACAGUGUUGGCAAUCAGAAGCAUGGCGAUCUUAAGGCUGAGAAAUGGAAGCAAGGUGCCCGUAAAACAUUACUUAACUGGGUGACAAAUGCCUUGCCAAAAGACAUUGGUGUAGAGGUGAAGGAUUUCGGCGCCAGCUGGAGAGAUGGUGUCGCUUUCCUAGCACUUAUCGAUGCCAUUAAAGCGAAUUUGGUUAAUUUAGCUGAGCUAAAGAAGGCCAGCAAUCGUCAACGUUUGGAAACUGCUUUCGAUGUGGCCGAAAGUAAAUUAGGUAUUGCCAAACUUUUAGAUGCCGAGGAUGUGGAUGUACCGAAACCGGAUGAGAAGAGUAUAAUGACAUAUGUGGCGCAAUUUUUGCACAAGUACCCUGAACCAAAGGGUGCAUCACGCGAUCAAUCACAUGUUCAGCAAGAGGUUGAUGAAUUGCGUCGCUUUUUGAUUGAAAAGACCAACGAAUAUGAACCCAUGGUUAGAAUGAAUUCAUUUCCACGUGAUUUUGGUGAAUAUCUUUUGGCCCGUUCUGAGGUCGAUGCCCAUUUGGCGGCCUACAAUCGUUUGAAACAAUUGAUCGAGAGCCAGAGUGGUUUUCUGCAAAUCUCUCACCAAUCGUGGAAUGAGAUAAACGAAUUGUGGCAACGUCUACAAUACCAGAUGAUGUACUGGCUCUGGUUAUUGGAUUCUGAGUUGCCUGGUGAAUUUGGCACAGUCGGCAAAUGGUUGGCCGAAGCCGAAAAACUGUUAAUGGACAAUGAGAUACCCAAUGCCAUGAAUGAAGAGACAGCUGCUGUGAUUAGUCGAAAACUAGAAGAGCACAAGCUAUUCUUUGCCGAUUUACCUCGUAUUUUGGCCAUGUUCGAUAAUGCCAAACGUUCGCCUUUGGCCCAAAAAGUGCCUCUUGAACAAUUAAGAAAUUUGGAAAGACGUCUGCAAGAGGUUGGUCCCAAGGCGGCUGAACGUAGGAUACGUUUGAAGUUCUUGGAGCACAAAUGCUGCUUGAUUGCCUUCUUGAAUUUGGUCGAGAAUAAGAUGAGAGGCUGGACGGGCAAAUAUGGUCACGAAGAGAAGGUGGCCCAACAAUUGGAGCAAUACAAGAACUUUGUGUCACGCAAUAAGAUUUUCCAAGAGUUCCAAAAGGCUUUCGUCGACAUGCAACAAGUGGUCGAGGAAUACAAACGGGAAGGCAAUGUCGUGGGCAAGGAUGUGACUGAAAUUGAUCGCUUUAUGUAUGAAACUGAAGAGCGCUGGAAGCGUGUGUCCAUGGAAUUGAAAUGUUGCCAAAAUUCACUGGAAGAAGUCGUCAACUGUUGGCGCAAUUGGAAUCAAUUGGCGCCUAAUUGCGAGGAAUGGCUGAAUCUGGCCGAACAGAAACUCAAUCAGAGUGAAGAUGAGCGUUUGGAAUUCUUCCAGGAUAUCCCAGUGUGGAAGGAUAAAUUCGAUGCUUUGGCCAAUGCUGGAAACUAUUUAAUAGCCUCCUGUGAAGAGCCCAUUGCUCAGCAGCUCCGACAAUUACACGGAUCGCUGGCUGAACGCUUUGAUCGUCUUUUUGCCAAUACCAAGCAAUAUAUGCAUGCUGGAGACAUUAUACGCUCUCGCCAGGAAUACAAGUCCGGUAUUGAGCAGCUUUCGAAAUGGGUACGCAAAGCGGAGGGUAUUUUGGAUCAGCGUCAAGUUCUGGGCAAUAGCCAGCAAAUACAACAAUAUGGUCAACAAUUGCAACAAUUGGCUAGUGAAAUUGACGACAAUGAGGAGCUGUUCAAGACCAUUAGUCGCAAUUUCCAAUCUCUGAUACAGGAUCUGAAGCGCGAAGAGGUUGACAAAAUGAUGAAACUACUCAAACAGGAGAAGGAAUCAUUGGUGCGCAUUCGCGCUCAAUUGCCAGCCAAACUGCAUCUCUAUCAUCAACUGCAAAUUCAGCAAGAAUCCCUAGAGGCCGGACAGAAGGAAAUCCAUCAAUGGUUGAGCGAAGCAGAACAGCUUCUGAAUACCCAUAACCUAACUGGUGGACGGGAUUCGAUAAACGAACAACUGAACAAGCACAAGACUUACUUCUCUCGCACUGUCUACUACCGAUCCAUGUUGGAGAGCAAGAACAAGGUUUUCCAGAAUCUAUUGAAGGCUGUGACUGUCGAUGAUAAGAUUGAUACAGCUCCAGCUGCCCAACAAAUGCAUCAGUUGAAUGAACGCUUCAAUUAUGUCAUACAAAAUGCCCAAGAUUGGGAACACCGUCUGGGUAAUGCCGCUGGUAAUUGGAGUACUUUCAAGGACAAUGAACGAGUGGUCAGCGAAUGGCUAACCCAAGCAGAGUCCAUGCUGAUUGAAAAACAUAUCGAGUCCAAGACGACAAUUGAAACUCAAAAGUAUUUCUUUGAACAAGUCAAUGAUCGUUGGAUGAAUGAUUUGGUGCAUUCAGCCCAGGAAUUGCUCACCACCCUGCCUCCACCAGAGCAGCCAAGUGUUGUUCAUAGCGUUGAACAAUUGCAAAAUCGAUGGAAGAAUGUCCUUUCACAAGCCCCAUUGCAUCUGUUGAAGCUUGAGUUCCGUCUGGACGAGAAUGCUUUCUAUCAGUCGUUGAAGGACGUUGAAAAAGAACUUCAACUUGAACAACAGGCCCUUAACCGUAAUGAGGACGUGGACUCUAUUCUGCAACGGAAUCAACAGUUCCUUUUGCAACAAGAUGCUGUUCCCCGUUUGGAAAGGUGUCUUCAGAAUAUGCAACGUUUGGCCCAAGCUCAUAGACAGCAGCAACCUGGAGAUAUUAGUCUUGAUCAGGCCUACGAUCAAGCCAAGGCACAAUGGCAACUAAUGUCCAAUAAACUGGGUGAUAUGCGUCAGACUUUGCAGCAGAUUCCAGCCCAAUGGCAGGGCUAUCAUCAGAAAUUCAACGAGAUGAUUGAUUGGAUGAACACCGUGGAUCAGAGCCUCAAGAAUAUAGUGAAUGAGGUCAACACCAUGGAGGAAUUUGAGAAGGAGAAGGUUGUUUUCCAGAAAAUCUGUCAAGAUGCCGAUAACAAACGAGAGGACAUGAAAUGGUUGGUCAAAACUCUCGACUCUCUGCUCAGCUAUGCCACGGAAGAUGAAGCCAAUUUGGAGCAAAAGAAAUUGGAAGAUUUAAUUGCACGCUAUAAGAAUCUUAUUCCCACCAUUGAGAUUACCAUGGUCAAGACGGAAGUGUUCUCCAAAUGCUACACUUAUCGUCGUGAAGUCCAUGAGGUUGUGUGCCUGCUAACAAAGGUUAAGGAUCAGACAGCCAAUAUACCAGCACCAGACAGUCUGGAGCGUGUCAAUCGAUUAAUUGAAGAGCAACAAUAUGCCAUUAAUCAGCUGGAUCACCAGCGUCCUCACAUAAUGUCCAUGUUGCAACGUGGACGUGAUCUUAGCAAGGAUGUGCAUGCUCCAGCAUUUGUCAAUGCCGAAGUUAAGAAUCUAGAAACUGGCUGGAAUCAUGCUUACACUGAAAGCUCUGAUAAACUGCAAGCCCUGAAGGGUACUCAAGCAGUGUGGACAGAAUUUGUUGAUCAAAAGAAUGACAUUUUCUCCAUGCUACAGACAGCAGAAACUGAACUGAGAGCCUUAACCCCACUGCAAACUGAUCCCAAGAAUGUUAGCCAAGAUUUGAAAUCAAAGAGGGAUUUGAAUGUCCAACUGCAACAGGCAUCUCACCAAUUGUUGCCCAAAUUGCAUGCUUUGAAAUCCGAACUGGCACCGCUAGCUGCAGCUGACAAGCGUCCCAUUCUGGAGAAGGAAGUCACCGAGGUCGAGAAAAUGUUCUUCAAUACCAUGGAACAUGUCAAAGAUCGCGUCGGCUAUCUAGAAGAUUACAGUGCCAAAUGGAACAACUACAAGACACGCCUGGCCGAGCUACAGGAAUGGGCCAACAAGGUGGCACCCAAAAAUAUAGAAGCCUUGCAGUCCGAGGAUCUGACGCCCGAAGAGCGGGUAGUUAAAGUGCAAUCCUUUAAGCGUGUGUUGGCCGAUCGUAUGAAACAACUGGAUCUACUGGCUGCCGACGCUUCCGAACUGGCUCCGAAGGAAGGCAACAUUGCUGAAGCCAAACGACUCAAGGGCGAGAUUAGCAAACUGCAGGAAGUACUCAGUGCCAUCAAUCGUAAUGUGGACCAUCAGGCUCAGGCUGUACAGGAGGAUCUGGUCAACUGGCAGCAAUUCCAAGCUGGCCUCCAACAAAUCAAGCCCGCUGUGGAGCAAAGCGAAGUCAAGGUAAAUAAUGUAGUUUCUAAACCCAUCACCCUUGAAGAAGCCGUUGCCAUGCAACAGAAUGCCCAACAAUUUGAAACACAAUGCCAGGAGCAAUUGGACAAGCUCCAUGGCAUUUCCAAUAUCAGUCAUAAAAUGUUAUGCAAAACCAAUGCCCCUGAUGAAUUAGAUGCCAUGCACUCCCGUUGGUCGGCGGUGCAUGAAAAUGCCAAACAGGCCACCAAUAAGCUAGAAAAAUUGGUAGCCAAUUGGAAAUCAUUCGACGCGGAAGCAGCUAAACUCGAAGAUUGGGUUAACCAGGGUGAGCAGGUCAUGGGUAAGCGUCCUGCCGUACUCAACACCCCUCAUAUCGAUAAGCUUGAAAAGGAAUUGGUUAAACUAAAAUCCUUCAACAAUGAGAUUUCUCAGCAGCAGGCUAAACUGGUGACCUUAGGUCAGAAUGCAGAUCAAAUUAGUUUGCACUUGGCUCCAGAGGGAGCUGUUGCAUUGAAGGAUCGUGUGAAUCAACUUAAGGGUAAGCUGCAAAAACUUUCCGAGGCUACACGAGGCAAUAUCAACGAAGUCUCUGAUGCCAUUAUAUCGCGUCAAGACUUUAACGCCAAGCUGGUUAAUUUCUCCAACUGGAUGGAACAGUUACGAAAUCAAAUCACACAAGUGGAGGAAAUUAAUCCGGAACGCGUGGAGACCAGUCUACAUGUCAUUCACGCUCUACUCCAAGAACAUGCUGACAAAAAACCAAGUUUUAAUGCCAUCUAUGAUGAAGUUAAACAGUUGGCUUUGGGAGCCACUCCUGAAGAGUCGAAUGCCCUAAAUGAUGCUUACACUGCGCUGGUGGUCAACUAUCAGAAUCUGGAGACCAAUAUGCUUCAAAAGAAGACUGCUCUGGAAAAAUGGACAGAACUUUUGGGCUGGAAAAAUGAUACGGAAUCCCAUUUGAAUUACUUGAAACAUCAGUUGGACAAACCCGAGGCACCAUCUGGUGAAGAGCUUAACAAGGUUAUCGAAGAAAUUGAUAAUCUUGGCCAAGGUUUGUCUUACUGGAAGGGCCAGGCUAAGGAAAUUGAUGAAAAUCCAGCUAUUCAACUGAGAGAUGCUCUGUCGCGACGUCCCCUAAUAGCCACUCAAAUUGUCAAUGAUGUGGAAAAUAAAUUAGAGAACUUGAAACUGCGCUCCCAAAAUCAACAGCAACAACUUCAACAGAUGACCGUGCGCAAGGAUAAGUUCCAUGCCCUAGAGCAUAACUUUGGCCAGGCCUUGCAAGAGAAUCGUGAUAAGUUGGACCAAAUUCUCAAGCAGCAUCCUACACUAAGCAAUAUUGAUCAGAUUAUAGCCGAUCUUGUGGCUCUUAAUGAUGCCCUCAAAUAUCAAGCUGAUCUUAAGAAUCGCAUACAUGAUGAGGGCUCAUUGCUCAUGCGUGAGGAUAUUGCAAGUAUGCCGGCUAUCCAAGAAAGUCUUUUGCAUCUGGACAAGAAUUACGAUUCGCUGCAAAAUGAGAUUGCCGAUCGCAUCCAGAAAUACAAUUUGAUCAGUCAAGCCCUACGCGAGUAUGCCGAAUCUAAGGAUAAGCUAUCGAAAGAACUCAAGAAAGCCGAAGAUUUGUUCAAUGGAAUUCCUAAGCAGCCGCGUGAUGAAACGGAACUUCAACAAGCUUCUGAAAAAACCCGCAAGACCAUGGAACAGUUACGUAAAUCAAAACUUAAUGUGGACGAACUUGAACGUCGUGGCAAUCAUGUGGCCAAAUUAUUCAACUCUAUUGGCGAAGCAUCUCCGCAGGAUAUACCCCAGGAAGUGGCUGCUGCUAAACAACAGUGGCAAGAUCUGCACGACAAGACAGCCAAGAAUGCUCAUGUCUAUGAGACAGAGGCUGUCAUCUGGUCACAAAUUGAAGAUGCCAAAAAGGAUCUGUUACCCUGGUUGUCGGAAACCAAUCAAGGUCUUUGCGAUGCAGCCGAUAAUUCCAUUGAAAUUGAAUUUGGCCCCAUGCGUUUGAGCAAAUACCGCACUGAACUACCAUCGUAUCAAGCUCUAAAAGACACCAUUGCUGAGAAGACCAAUGACCUUGUGAAGAUCAACAAUGGAGUGGAGAUACCAGCUCUUACAGCUCUUAACCAAUUACUUGGUGAACAAUUCGCAGAAGUUAACAAUAAUGCGGAACGUUUGAGUGCCGUCACUACCUCCUUCAAUGACCAGGAACAAGAGCUUCGCAAACGCUCCAAGAACGCCGGCGAGCAGGUCAGCAAGCUGCGAGAGCAACUCAUUAAAUGUGACGACAUGUCAGGUGAUAAUAAUAAGAUUAUGGAACGUUUGCUACAAUGUCGUGCAAUUCGUGCAGAACUUGAUCAAAGUGGCAAUGAGAUCGAUAAUAUCAAACAGAAAGUCGAUGAACUACGUAAUCUCUACCCCACCUUCAACGAGUCGAUUAUUCCUAAGGAAUUGAAUAAUGUGCAGAAACGAUAUGAGAAUGUCGAUUUGUAUGCCAAAAAGAUUGAAGGUUCAUUGCUGCAGUUCCUUAAGAAAUUCCAUGCCGAUAAGGUGGGUAUGCUUAAGCGCAUCAUUGCCACACAGCGAGAGAAGGUAGCCUGGUGUCAACCGGAAUCCUCGAGUGAUAAAUACAAUUUGGAUGUGAAGAAGUCGUCUCUACAAGAAGUUGGCAAGAGCAUCGAUGACUGCAAGGCCAGACAUGCGGAAACUCUCAAGUCUCUGGAAAUGCUAAAAGCUGUAGAGUCUCCACAGAAUUUGGCAGAACUUUCCAGCGAUGCCGAUCUACUUAACAAGGACAUGCAAGCUCUACAAGAUAGCUUUAAUAAAAUCAGAGGUAUUCUCGAUGAGAAUGUUGAUUUGUGGUCACAAUAUGAGCAAUCCAAUGAGCAAAUUUCCAAUUGGCUGCGCGAUGUCGAGGGACGCAUUAAGGCUGAAACCAGCAGUCAGGUAAACUUACCGGAAGUACCGCAAAAACUUCAAGAAUUAGCCAUUCUCCAGCAGGAUGUCCUGGCUCAUGAGCCAAUCAUUAAUAACCUGGAGCAAACCUCUCAGCAACUGAUUGAAAAGAAUCCCGAGGCCCGCAUUGGUCAAUUUGUUACACAUUUGGUACAGCGCUAUCAGACAGUAUCCAAGGGUCUGGCUAAUCACAUUGACAAAAUCCGUAAUGCCCAAUUGUCGAAUACGAACUUUGCUAAGGCGUCGAAGGACUUUAAUGAAUGGUUUGGUGAUGCCAAGAUUGAGUUCCAGGAGCUUGCAAGAAUGGGCUCUCCCGGAUCAUCUUCUGCAACAGCACAGCAAUUGCAGACCAUCAAGAAUUAUCUUAAGACCUUUGAUAAUGGACAGUUGUUGCUAAACAAUGCUGUAGAUAUUGGUGAGGCUCUCUAUCCGGUUGUAUCGCCUGAAAACCGAGAACGCAUUCGCGCUGAUCUUCGUCAGAUGAGAGAGAAGUAUGAUUACCUAAGGGAUGAAGCCAAUGCCUUGAUGCAACAAGUUGAGGGAGUUCUUAUACAAAAGACUUCAAUCGAGGAAAGCUACACACAGGUAUCCCAUUAUCUCAAUGAAUCAAAAGCUAAAGUCACCGCUGGUGAUGAACUCUAUCCCACAUUGGCCACCAAAAAGGCCGCCUUGCAAAACUACAAGACUCAAUUGCAGGAAAUUACAUUGCAUAAGAAUGCACUGAAGCAAUUGCACGACAAGGCAGUUACCCUUUGCGAUGAUGAAUCUGAGCGUAAGACAGAUGAUUCCAUUCAAGAGUAUAAUGCGCUCUCUAAAAAACUGACAGAUCGCAUUAAUACUGUGGGCAACCAGGUAGUUAAACAUGAGGCCUAUGAUCAAGUAUUGGAGAAGGCUCAAGAUUGGUUAAACACCAUCAAAUCAGAGGCCAUCGACAUUCUGAAUGAGACUACCUUUGAGAAGGAAGGUGCGGAAGAAAAACUUGUUGUGGUGGAGAAUCUCCUGGAGCACAAACCGGAAGGAGAUUCCAUCUUUGACACUUGCCACAAGCUCUUGGAGACAGUUUUGACUCAAACCCAUCCCAAUGGUCAUCCAGCAUUGCUUAAAGGUUUCGACGAGCCCAAACAGGCAUGGGAAGAUUUCAUGACAUUAUGUCAGGAUUCGUUGGUUAAACUAAAGCAGCUUUGUUCAAAAUGGGAUGAAUUUGAUACCAUUAUUGAAGAGCUUGACAACUGGAUGAAGAACGUUGAGGCAGUGGUGAAGAAUCAGAGCUUAAAGAGCACCGCUGAGGCCAAGAGCGCUUAUCUGAAACAACUGCAGGAUAUUGCCAAGGAUAUAGAACGCCGAGGUAAUGCCAUCAAUCAGCUAAUGGAUCAAGGACGUGAAAUUGAAGGCGAAACCGAUUUGAAUCUAAAGCUGUCGCGUUUGAAUACACGCUAUCAGACAUUGAAGAAUCUGUGCAAGGAGUCGAUCGCCAAGUAUGUGAACUAUGCAAAGGAUCAUGAAAGUUUCGACAAUGACUUUGAAAACUUCAAGCAGAGCUUGCAAGAAUCAGUUAAUGAGCUGGAAAAACUUAAUGAUAUUGUUGGUGAUCAAAGUGCCCUACAAGAUCAGCAGAAUAAAUUACGUGAGAUGUCUGAUAAGCGGAUCUCUGAUUCCACACUCUUUGAAGGACUCAUUGAUCGUGGUGAGAAAUUGUAUGGUCACACCAGUCCCGAGGGACGUGAGAUCAUACGCCAACAAUUGCGAUCCUUGCGUACCAUGUGGGACAAUUACACCGAUGACUUGAAUGCGGCCACACAAAAGAUCGAUCAAUGUCUAUUGCAGUUCAAUGAGUUUAGCAUUGCUCAGGAUCAGUUAACCAAAUGGCUAAAGGAUGUCGACAAGGCAAUGCAGAGUCAUACCGAACCAAAAACCACCUUGCAAGAGAAACGAGCACAAUUGCAAAAUCAUAAGCUGCUUCAUCAAGAGAUCACUACACACAAUGUUCUCGUGGACAACGUUUGUGAUAAGGCUCAAAUAUUAGUUGAUCAAAUUAAGGACAACUCUUUAAAUGUCUAUUUGCAAUCGAUAAAGCAACUUUUCCAAAGUAUUUGUCAGAAAUCAGAUGAAAUACUUAAAAAUCUGGAAGAUUGUGUCGAGAAGCAUAAUGAACUGAAUAAUGCUUUAAGCUCGGCCAAGACAUGGAUUUCAAAUGAAAAGGCAAAGUUGCUCGAGUGCGACGAUGCCUACGGUGAGAAGGCUGAUAUUAAACGCAAAAUUGAAACUCUGGGUCAGUUGGCCCAGAAUAAGCCUCAAGCCAUGAAAUUGAUCAGUGAUAUUCGUGAGCAAUUUGAAAAAGUAAAGCCCACCACUUCGGAAAAGGGAAAUGAAGUAUUGGAAAAGGAAAUCGAUGAAUUGGAAACGACAUUGAAGAGCCACUUCGAUGACAUUGAAGGCAUUGAGGGCAAACAAAAAGAUGUUCUUGUUCAGUGGGAGAAAUUCGAAAAGGCUUUGGAAGAUCUGACCAAAUGGUGUCGCACAGCUGAGGCCGUAUUCCGUGAACAACAAUUGAAAUCUACCCUGCACGAAAAGGUAGAGCAGCUUGAAAAGUAUAAAAUACAACGUGAGCUUAUUCAGCAAAAAGAAAAGGAAAUCGAUGCAUUCGGAGAUGCUGCCCAUGCGCUGCUUAACAAUUGUGGAGCCGAUCGCCUGAAGACACUAACCACUCAAAUUACCAAUCGUUAUCAGCUACUACAAGUUCUUAGCAAAGAGGUGGUCAAUCGUUGGUCUAAUCUGGUGGAUGACCAUCAGUAUUACCAAGAUAAAUACAAUGAGGUUGACUUAUGGUUGCAGCCCAUUGAAACGCAGUUGGAAAAGGCUCUAAAAGAUGAACCAACACAAAGCUCGAAUAUACUACAAGUACUUUUGUCGGAAAAAGAACAAGCCGAAAGUCUUUUUGCUGCUCUGAAUGCAGCUGGCGAAAAAGCUUUGCCAGAGACAUCCACCCAAGGGCGUGAGAAAAUCAGAAAGGAUCUCCGAGACAUUCGUGAUCGUUGGGAUAAACUGGAUGAGGGAAUACGUAAUCUGGAAAAACGUCAAGAAGCUCAAACAGUGCAGCUUUCUAGCUAUCAGGAUAUUUUAAAUCAAACUGUCAACUGGCUAGAUCAAGUAGAGAAGUUGCUAAGCAAUGAGAAUCCUUCUACUUGGACAAGUGCUCAAGAAAUCCGUUCUAAACUGUACAAAUACAAGGCCACCAAUCAGGAUAUUAAUUCGCACAAACGAAUUGUUGAGGCAGUCAAUGAGAAAGCUGCAGCUCUUCUGGGCACAGCUGGUCCCUCGAAUGAUGAUAUUGCCAAGGCAGUUACGGAAAUAAAUAAGCGGUAUGAGAAAGUAGGACAAGAUUGUGCCAAAUUGGUUAACGAUUUGGAUCAAGCAUUCGAUGUAUAUCAACAGUUUAGUGAGCUCCAAAAGGCACAACAGGACUAUCAAAAGAAUCUCUGGGAUCGUCUUACCGGCUAUUCGGACUAUUCAGGCAACAAGGCAGCUUUACAGGCACGUCUGCAAAAGAUCAACGAAAUCCAAGAUGCUUUACCUGAGGGAGUGGCCAAAUUGAAGUCAUUAGAAGACCAUAUUGAACAACAUGCUAGCAAUAUUCCACCCCGUUCGAAGGAAGCUAUGACUCGUGAUUUAUCCAAUCUACAUGUUGAUUUCGAAAAAUUCGGAGCAUCUCUAAGUGAUGUUAAGAGUGGCCUGGAAAACCGUUUACAGCAAUGGAAUGAUUACGAAGUCAAUUUGGAUCGUCUCAUUAACUGGCUGGGUGAAGCUGAAAAUGCCCUGAAGAACUACAACCUAAAGUCAUCGUUCGAAGAAAAGGAGGAACAAUUAAAUCGGUUCCAGUCCUUAGCCCAGAAUCUGCGUCAAAACGAAUCCGAUUUUGAUAAGAUGAAGGAUGAUACUUCCGAAUUGGUUCAGAGCUCCGGUGAGACCCGUAUCGCUGUCAACGUGCAACAGGUUUCGUCGCGUUUCCAGUCCAUUCAAGCAACUGCAAAGGAAAUAUUAAAGAAAUGUGAACAAGCCGUCCAGGAUCAUGGUCACUUCAAUGAUAAGUACAAGCAAUGUGCUGAUUGGUUGGCCAAUGCUCAAGCGCGAUAUGAGGAUUGCAGUGAUUUGUGCUCUGUGGGAUCACGUGAUGAUUUACUCAAGAAACAAUUGGUAAUCCAAGAAUUGUUGGCCCAACAGCCUACAGCCACACAACUGCUUAAUAGUACUGUGGAAUUGGGUGAAAAGUGUUAUGGUUCAACCGCAACUGAGGGUCGCGAGGCUAUACGCAGUCAACUGGAGGACUUGACAUUCGAUCAAUUGUUCGAUAACAUAGCCAGCACUGCGAGAAAGAUUCAGGAUAAGAUUUCAAAGUGGUCUGGAUUCGAUGAAAUCGCUGACAAGUUGAAGAGUUGGCUAGACGAGACUGAGAAUGCCUUGCCUGCAGAAAUCGAAUUAAAGACCACUUUGGAUGAGAAGCGUACGAAGCUGCAGUCUUAUCGCGAUGUUCUUCAAGACAUUAACAACCACCAAGUGGAGAUUGGUAAUCUUCAUGAGAUAGCCGCCAACUUACCAGAGAAGACUGAGCAUGUCGAUCAAAUCCUUAAGGACAUCGAUGAGCGUUUCGGCAAAUUGCAAAAGCGUGCCCAAGGUUAUGUGGAACGUUACGAAGGCAUUGUCAGCGCCCAUCAACAGUACUCUAAGGCAGUGAUGGAUGCUCAGGAAUUCAUUGAUUCCACUCUAAACACGGUCCAUUACUGGGGUGACCUUGACUUGGAACAAAUUUCUCUGCACACCAAUCUUGAUAGACUGAAGAACCUGAAGGCCAGCUUGGCUGAUGAGUUCCCAAGAGUCGAUCAGGUGCGUGCUCUAGGUGAGAAGGUCAUUCCCGGAACCGUUGAUGUUGGACAAAUGAAUAUAAAAUCGCAAAUUGAUACGACACAACAAGAAUGGGAAGGUCUUUUGGCGGCCAUUGAUUCGACCAUUGAAGGCAUUGAAGCUCGCUUGCAACACUGGGCGGAGUAUGAACAGCUGCGUGACCAGUGUCUGGCUUGGAUCAGAGACACCGACAAUAAUCUCCAUGCCAUUGACUUGAAAGAAGAUUUGCCCAAGAAGCGCGCCCAGUUGGAUGCCCUCAAGGCUCUACAAGGUGAUGUUCGCGCCAAGGAAUUGGAAGUCGACAAUGUCACAGAGAAGGCUCAGACUCUGCUUAAAGGUCCUUCAAGCCAUCGUGCCUCUGGACCUGAAUUGGUAACCAAAUAUCAACAAAUCUUCCACAAGGUUAAAGAUCUAAACAAUCGUUGGCAACAAUAUGUCACUUCACACGAAGAUUUUGAUAAUUCUCUAUCAGACUGCUCAUCGUGGAUUAAUGAUAUAAAGGAGAAACUGGACUACUGCUCUGAUAUGUCCUCAAUGAGUCAGAAAGAGCUGGAUAAAAAGCUGGCUACGAUCCAAGAUGUUAUCCUACUGAAGGAUGAAGGAUCUGCUCGUGUUCUUAAGAUUUUGGAACAGGCUCAGCAUGUCUUGGCGAAUACUGCGCCAGCUGGUCACGAGGCCAUUAACAAGGAAUUGACAGAUUUGCAAGAUCUUUGGUCUAGUAUAGCGCUCCGCAUAAUGGAUGUAAAGUCUAACCUAGAUGACUCAAUUACACAAUGGUCGGGCUUCUUGGACCAAGUACAAACCGUGCGCAAGUUUAACGAAUGGUUAGAGGGUUUGCUUAAGGAAUUGGGUGAACAUCAGACCAGCAUGACAGAGAAAAGGGCCCAGCUGGAUCGUGUAAAGGCCACUGAAGAGAAGGUGCGUGUUGAGAAGAUCGAUGUGGAUGCAUUAAAAAUUCAAGCCAAGGAAAUGAUAGCCAGUGGUCAACAAAGCCAGGCUGCAUUCCAGGCACAAAAGGUCUUGGAUAACUUUGAUCAACAGUUUGCAAAGACCCAGAAACUGCUGUCCGAUCGACAGGAUCAGUACAGAGAUCAUCGUUUGUUCAAGGAAGCUUAUGAUGAUUUGGUCAGUUGGAUAAGCCGUGCUCGCGAGAAGUUCCCAGCUCUCAAGCAGAGCAGUCUCAGUGACAAAUUGGCCAUUGAAAAUGCUGUUCAGGCCACAGAGGCUUUGUUAAACAAACAGGCUCAAGGCGAAUUACUUGUCGAGCAUUUGGUACACACUGGUGAAGUGGUUUUGGCAAGUACAUCGAGUCAAGGUCAAGAGAUCAUACGAAAUGAUAUCCGCGCCUUACGUGACAGCUUCGAGAGUUUGUUCCGUGAAAUCAAUCAGCAGAAAGAAAAUCUGGCCAGUACAAUGGUACAGUGGCGUGCUUAUAAAGAGGAAUAUGAACGUCUCAUGGAAUGGCUUCAGCAGAUUGAUAUACUUGUCAAGAACCACAAGCUCAACUUGUGUCCCAAUUUGCCGGAGAAGGAAAAGCAGGUGGCCGACAUGCGCGAUGUAAUGUCCAAAUUGGAGAAAGGCAAACAAGACAUCGAUAAGUUUAAUGCUUCAGCCGCAGGUUUACUUAAAUCUCAUUUGAACAGUUACGUCAAUAAUCAACUAAGACAUCUUAGUUCCAUGUAUCAAGUCCAAGUUAACCUAGGCAAAGACGUUCUCAAGAAAGUCGAAACAAAUCGCGAUCAACACAAGGAAUACGAUUCCAAUAUGAAAUCCGCAAAAGAUUGGAUAGCCAAUGCCAAGGCUACCAUUCAGUCAGCUGGCGAUGGUGCUGGUUCAAAGGAGGCUCUUCAACGUCGUCUGGAGCAGAUACAGGACUUGAUCCGUAACCGUGAAUUUGGCCAAAAUCUCGUUCACACUGCUAUUAACAAUGGCGAGAAGAUCAUUCGCAACACUCGCUCUGAUGGCCGGGAUGCAAUCAAUCAAGAGAUGAAGGAUCUGCAAACCGAAUGGGAUCGUCUUGUAAAGAAAAUGUCCACCGCUAAGGUUCAGUUGGAGACAAAUCUUCUGCAAUGGGCCGACUACAGUUCGAGUUAUUCUCAACUGCAGCAAUGGAUCACCGACAGAGAAGCGAAGCUCCAGCAGGCCUGUGAACAAAAGAUUGUCAAAUCUAAACGCGGCCAGCCAGGUCUUAGCAGUGGUCUCAGCGAACGUAAGGCUAAUCUGCGCCAGACCAAUAACAUUGUGCAAGAUAUUGUUUCGUUUGAGCCAAUGAUUCAGUCGGUCCAGUCUAAAGCUUCUGAUCUACAACAAGGAGCUCCGGCCACUGAAAUCUCUGAUAAAUAUGAGAAUCUUACCAAGCAAGCCAAGGAUCUGUAUGAGAAGCAAAAGAACACAAUUGAAAGUUAUCAAUCCUUUAUUGAUGCAGGCAAUGAAUUUGCCACCUGGUUGCGUAAUGCCAAGGAGCGACUAAGCAAGUGCUCCGAGCCCACUGGCGAUAAACAGGCGUUGGCUGAGAAAACACAUCAGCUGAAGAUCUUACAAGGUGAAGUACCGGAGGGCGAACAAAAGCUACAAAAUGCUUUGGCUCAGGGUGAGAUUGCCUGUCGUAGUGCAGAACCAGAAGAUAGUGAAAUCAUUGAACAGGAAGUGGCUCUGCUGCAAGAAGAAUUCGAUGCCUAUGUUGAGGCUUUGAACAAGGCCAAGGAUUACCUGGAAGUGGGAAUUGUCAAGUGGUCCGACUAUCAGGAUCAGUACACCGAAGCCCUAGAAUGGCUUACAAAGACAGAAGCCCUGGUGCAAUCGUACAACAAAUUACAGGACAGUCUUACCCAAAAGAAGGUUGUUCUAGAAGAAUUCCAAGGCCAUCUUCAAACUCUCUUUGACUGGCAAAAGACACUCGAUCAUUUGAAUAUGAAGGCUCAGGUUCUGUUGGAAACAUGCUCAGAUACACGCAUUAGCAAUUCUAUUAUGCAGCUGACUACCAAGUACAAUGCUUUAAUCACUCUGGCAAAGGAGGUUAUGCGCCGUCUAGAGAUGCACUAUCAAGAGCACCAACAGCAUCACACACUCUACGAGGAGUGUCAAUCAUGGAUGGAGAAGACCCGUGAGAAAUUGACGGAAUGUGAACAGAUUCCUGGCACUCUUAAUGAGGUUCAAAUCAAAUUGAACACCGUUAAGAAUUUGCGUCAAGGCUUUGAGACGGGACAAAAUAAGCUGCGCUAUCUAUUGGAGCUUAAGGAGAAGGUCAUAAUGAACACCGAACAAAAUGGCGCUGCGAAAAUUCAAGAGGAUACGGAAUCGCUUAAGCAGGACUUUGACAAACUCUUGGUCGAUCUUAAUGAUGUGCGCCAAAAGUUGGCCAAUCGUCUGGCUCAGCUUGAGGAGAUCUUUAAGCUAUACAAGAUUUUACUAGAGUGGCUGGAAGACGUUGAACCCAGUAUUAAGUCUAGCGAAGAGUAUCUCAAUGAUUUGAGUGAAAAGCGAGCGGCACUUGAGAAAUAUCGUGUUAUUCAUCGCGAUAUCAGUGGUCACAACGAUAUUGUCGAGAAGAUCAAUGCUCGUAUUGCCGAAGACGACAGUCUGAAUAAGAAUGACUUCCAACCCGGAUUGAGCAAGUUCGAAGAACUUCAAAGUCAAGUAAACAAGAUUAUUGAAUCAUUGGAGAAUCAAGUCAACAGCCAUGAGAAAUACAAGCAAGCCUACAACGAGCUACAAGAUUGGUUACGUCGCACACGCAUCGAAGUGGAGCAAUGUGCCGAUUGCCAUGGUGAAAAGGAUCAAGUUGAAGAUCGUCUUAACCGUUUGGGAGACAUUCAGUCCACAUCCCUGGAGGGCAAAUCCCUGCUCGAAGCCUGCGAAGAACUCAGCCAAGCUGUCAUCGCCACCAGCGGUAACGAGGGUCAAGAUAAUGUGGCCCAGGAGAUUAAACACUUGACUGGUGAAUGGGAAACGCUUCAGGCUUUGUCGCGUGAUGCCCGAAGUGGUCUGGAAACGUGCCUAGCCGCCUGGCAAACGUUCCUGCAGAAGUUUAACAAAAUCAAUCUAUGGAUUGAUACGAUGAGCAAGCGCGUUCCCAAAUCUCAAGAGGGUGAAAACAAAACCACCGAAGAUUUGGUCAAUGCCAAGAAACUGCUCGACGAGGUGUUGGCAGAAAAGGAUAAUGUUGAAGAUCUCAAUGAUAAUUGUGAACUUCUAAUGGAGCAAAGUGCCUGCACACGUAUACGUGAUCAGACAAUUGAGACGCAAGCCAAUUACACCAAACUGUUGACUUCUGCCCAAGGAUUGGUGGCCAAAAUUGAAAAGAAUCUGUCCGAUCAUACAGAGUUCCUUAACUACAAGAAGGAAAUGGAUGCCUGGAUAGAGAAGGCUUCAGAAAUACUUAAUGACUGUAGCCUGGAUGGUGAUGCCAAGAUUAUAGCCCAGAAAUUGGACACUGUCAAUUCAUUGGCAUCUCGUUUGCCUGAGGGUCAGCAUCUUUUGGUUUUGGUUCAGGACGCCUACUCAAAGGCCUCGAACAUUACGCCAGAGGACAAGCAGGAAAAAUUGCGUGAACUAAUGACUAAAGUACGUGAAGAUUGGGAUUCUCUUGGUCUGGCUGUGAAACAGAAGUUAUCUGACUUGAAGCAAGCCCAAAAUCGUUGGAACGAUUUCGCCGCCAAUAAGGAUAAGUUUGAAAAAUGGCUAAACGAUGCAGAGAAUACGCUGAAGGUUGCUCCCGAGACAAAGGGUGAAUUAAGUGAAAUGAAAACUCUGUUGGAGCGCUACAAGACUCUGGGCAACGACUUGAAACAGAAGGGUAGCGAAUUGGAGCAAUUGCAAUCGGAGGCCCGAGAAUUGGGAACCGAAGUGGAUGCCGUCAAUCGUUUGCAAUCACGUUGCGAUAAACUCAAGAACGAUUGUGCCAAUCAUAUCAAGGCCCUGGAACAGGAGAUGUUUGACUAUAAUGCCUAUCAUCAAAGUUUACAGGAUGUUGAGAAAUGGCUGUUGCAAAUCUCCUUCCAGCUCAUGGCCCACAAUUCACUCUUCAUUUCGAAUCGCGAACAGACUCAAGAGCAAAUCAAGCAACACGAAGCCCUUUUGGCUGAGAUACAGAAAUAUCAAAGCAAUCUGGAUGAUCUAAAUUCAAAGGGUCAAGCGCAAAUUAAACGAUAUGAAUCAUCUACUCCAGCAAUACGUCCAACCGUUGAAACACAAUUGAAGAACAUACAGGAUAGUUAUAAUUCCCUACUCCAGACAUCAGUGCAAAUCAAGAAUCGUUUGCUUGAGUCUUUGGCCAAGUUCCAAGAAUACGAGGAUACCCUCAAUAGCAUAAUGCGUAACUUGGAAACAUAUGAACCGAUUAUACAAACCGAAUUGGAUGCACCGGCCACCAGUCUGGAAUUGGCCCAAAGCCAACUGAAAUGUGCCCAGGAUAUGCAAAACAAAUUGAACAAUGAGAAAUCACGUUUGGCUGCUGCCGUACAGGCUUGUGAAGCGGCCACAGCAUCGAUUAGUCGCCCAAGUUCUCCUCUAGAGACUGCCAUGCAGGCGAUUCCCGAACGUGAAUUGAUUGUGCGCGCCAAAUUGGAAGAUCUGCUGGAUCAGCAACCGCCAAGAAAAACUCAGAGCUCAACCAACGAUGAUGAUGAUGAUGAUGAUCAGAUUGAGGUUGAGCUCAGCGAUGUAAAUGAGGCAUUACAGGAUCCCAUUGCUCACGAACGUAUUAGCAACUAUCGUCGUAUAGUACGAUUAAAUAGCGGACAUGUGAGCAAGCUUAAUGCCCUUGUGGCUAAGGUGCAAUCCCACUUAGGUGGCUUGACUGCAUCCGUUAGCGAAUUGGAGCAACAGCAGAAACAGCGCGCCGAACUGCAAGAUUGGGUUAAGAAGCAACAAAGCUCCGUCUCGGAUUGGCUUAUGCGUCCAUGUAAACUAAGGCCAGAAGCUGCCCAACAGGAAUUGGUUUCAAUGAAUGAUUUAUUAAACUCCAUUGGCGACAAGCGUUCGCAAUUGAUGCUCGAGAUGACUGGAUCAUUGGGCGAUGAAGAUACAGAUUUGGAUGAGAAUAUUGACAAACUGGAAUCUGAACUAAUGGAUGCCAUUGCCAAGAAGCAGGCUGGCCAAAAUGUCAUUGAUGGCUAUCGCCAGGGAAUGCAAGAUGUACAAAAUUGGUUCGAUACACUCAUCAAGCGUAUGGAUGUCUUGGAUCGCGGUUCCGGAUUGAAUUGUGCCCAGAAGAUGGCCUCGAUUAAUGAAAUCAAAAAUGAAUAUGACCUGCAGGGACAUCCCAAGAUACAAGAUCUCAAGGGCAAAGCUUCGCAGGUGGCUGAGGUAAUAAGCAAUUUAGAUGGCCAACAGGUUGAAGAACAAAUGAAAUCUCUUGAUCGUCGUUUUGCCGAUCUUGGUAAGCGUAUUGAACGCAAGGCUCAAUUGCUGGAUGUGACUAACAAGGGUGUCGAUGGUGCCAAGGGUGAGAUUGAUCAAUUGCAGAAUUGGGUCAAACAACAAAUUGAGGAACUACAGUCGCCAGCUGCAUUGGGCUAUACACCCAAGGACGCUGAGGCCAGACAACAAAAGAUCAAGAGUUUGAUGAAAGAUGCCGAGGCCAAGCAAUCGCUUGCUGAUGUUCUUGAAAAGCGUAUUGCCAAUAUGCAGCCAGAAUUGGAGCCUGCCGAAUAUGCCCAAUUGGAGUCGGCAUUGCGUAAUUUGAAUACAGAGAAUCGUAACUUAUCCGGCGUCCUUAAGGCCGAACUGGAUCGCGCUCUGGAGGCCAGCAAAGUUCGCAAGGCUCUGGAAAACGAUUUGGAUAAGGCUCGUCAAUGGUUGAAAACGAAAAUCUCUGAAGUCCGUAAAUUGCCAGUCUAUCAUCCUCUAACUUCAACGGAAAUUGAAAAGAAAAUCCAGGAGAAUAGAAAAUACGACGAUGAAGCCAAACAGUUCAAUGAUGGCCUUCUCAGUGAUGUCCAGCGUCAAGCUGCAAAUAUUCUAAAAGAUUGCGAUGAUGAAGCCAAGGCUAAUCUGCAGAAAAUUCUAGAUGAAAUUGCUGCCGACUAUCAGACUUUAAAGGAUGAAAGCGGUAAGAGAGGCAAGUCUUUGGAUGAUCUUCUCAAGGGCCGCCAGGCGUUUGAAGAUUCCAUGAAGAAUAUGUCAGAUUGGUUGAACGAAAUGGAGACAGCCACUGAGGGUGAUUUGAGAACCACUAGUCUGCCUGUUCUGGAGGAGCAAUUGGCCCGUUAUAAGAAUCUACUGGAUAAGGCGGAGACCCAAAAUGGUCUGAUUAACGAUUUAUCCGAACAAGGCAAGAGCAUUCUUCCUACAUUGAGUAAUGCCGACAAACUGAAGCUCAACGAUGACAUCAAGAACCUUAAAGAUCGCUAUGGACGCAUUAAGAAUACAAUUGAGGAUCGCUACAACACUUUGGGCGAUCAUAUUAAGAAAUACAAAGAUGCCAAGAGCAGGCUAAAUGAUUGCAGCCAAUUCCUGGGCACCAUACAGCAGCGUCUACGUGAACUUAAUCGACCAAUUGGAUCGAGAAUAGAAGAUGUUCAGGAUCUGUUGGGUUCGUAUGAGGGCAUUCUCAAGGAACUAAAGGACAGCAAAUCCAAAAUGGGUGAUAUGCAAAUGGAUGACUUACCCGAACUCCAAAGUAUUCUAACUCAACAAGACGACAUGAUCAAAAUGAUUGAAGAUCAAUUGGCUCAUUUGCGACAGCUUCUUCUGCUUCGUGAGCAAUUUAUAGCCCUGAUUAAUGAAAUUAUUGCCUUCAUCAUGAAAUACACCGAUGUGAUUAUUGACAUUGAGAACUCUCCCGAUAGUUUGGAGGAUAAGAUCAACAAAUACGAUGGUGUCAUUGUCAAGAUCCAGGAAUGCGAAGGUCUCUUGGCUUCGGCCAAUGACAAGGGCCAGAAGAUUGCAUCUGAGGGCAAUGCCGCCGAUAAGAAUAGCAUCACCGAACAGUUGCAGUCCUUGAAGAAUCAAUUGCAGAACCUACGUAAAGCCGUUGAGUCGCAGCGUCAGAAGCAUCAACUCCAAUUGGAAUCGCACAAAAAAAUGGCUGCUGAAUUGAGUGAAAUUCUCGAUUGGUUGCAUCAGCAUGAAGGCCAAGCCAAGUCACGUCCAUUGCUCGACCGUGAUCCUGAGUCUGUGGAACGUGAGCUGCAGAAGCAUCAAAGUCUUAGCCAGGAUAUCAAUUCAUAUUUGGAGAAGUUCAACAAAAUCAAUGAUGGCAUUAAAACAGAAGUUGGAUUGCCUAGCUCUCUCCUCGAAAUGUUAUCGGAAGGUCGUUCGCUUGUGUCCUCGCUACCACAUGAACUUGAGGAUCGUGAGAAAUAUUUGAAAAAUAAUCGCGACUCACGUCUCGAAUAUAUGCAGUUGGUGGCCAAAUUUAAUGAUUGGGUCCAUGAGGCCGAACUUCGUCUGCAGAAUAGUCAGCAUGGCAUUGACUAUGAGCAUCUUGUCAACGAUCUGGAUGAGCACAAAAUCUUCUUUGGCAAUGAGGCUCCAAUCCGAAAUCUGGUACACAAGCAAAUCCAAGAGGCAGCUGAUAAAAUAUGGUCUUCCCUCAACAAUUACGAACAGACGGAGCUAUCUGGCGAAUUGGCUCAGUUCCAAAAUAAGUUGGCCAAUACCUUGGCCAAUGCCAAAACUCAGCAGAGUGAACUGGAAAAGGAAGCUGAACGCUGGCGUGAGUUCCAACAAUCAAUUGAACGUGUCAAGGCCACCAUUGAAAGGACGAAAUUCAGCGAUGAGCCUGUGCAAAAUCUAGCUGGCUUGCACUUUAACAUACAGAAACUAUCCCAUGCUAUUGGUAACGUUCAGAGUCAGAGCAGCGAGCUUACACUUGUCAAUCAGCAGGCCCAGUCGUUGAUACGUCAAGCGGAUUCGCGAAACCGUCAAUUGAUUGAACAGGAUAACGCCAAUUUGAAUCGAUUGUGGCAGGAAUUGAUACGUGGCUUGGAACAGCGUCGUGAUAAUCUCCAACAGUUGGCCGAACAUUGGGACAGCUUCGAGAAUAGCUUACACGCCUGGGAGAAAUCAUUAGGUCGAUUGGAAGAUAAAUUCCGCAAUGUCGACCCAAUUGUAAGAUCCCGACGUCAUUUGGAAGAUACAAAGAAUGCCAUUCAGGAACUGCGUGAAGAAUCAAAUCAACUUAAAUCAUCACAUAAAGAAAUCGAGGCGCUCUCAAAAUCCAUCCUCACAUUCCUUGGGGAAGUACACAAACCCUCGGCGGAGGCCAUACAGGCCAAAGUGGAUAAGUUAGUUGAACAGCAAGCAAAAUUGAACGACACUCUACGCGAGAAGGAGCAGCAAGUUAGCAAGGAUCUCGACGAGAUCGAGCAAGUCUUCCGUCGCAUCUCACAGUUGCAGGAUAAAUUGAAUUCGUUGAACGAACAAUUGCAAUCAAUUCACGUCUACGACGAGCAUAUCGCUCAAACGGAACAAGCUUUAAUACAGCUCAAUAGCCAGGUGCAACAAGCAUCGGAAGAGUCACGUUCGUUGAUAGCACAAACCCAAGCAGCUUAUCAAACCAAGCAGAAUCUAUUGCCCACCGACAUAGCCCAAGAAUUUACAGCCCUUGAGUUGCUCGCCGAGCGUGUCCAAGUGGCCAUGGAGACCAAAGAGAAAGAUUUCAAACGUGCCAAAACUGUGCGCACCGAAUAUGUUGCUGGUGUGGACGAGAUUCAGCGUUGGCUUCUACAGGCUGAAGUACAAGUGCAGGAUCGCACUUUGGCUCCCACACAAAUGAAGGAACUAUUGCAGCGUAUCAAUCAUGAGAUAACCGGCAUCUAUGAACGUUUUACCCUGGUCAAAACAAAUGGACAGCUAAUUAUUGAGAAUUGUCGCAACAGUGAGGAGAAGACACUGGUGCAGACGACAAUCGAUCAAUUGGCUGCCUCAUUGGCUCAGGUCCGUGGCUGGUUAGAUGAGAAGAAGCAAGCUGUGGGUGAUAGUCUGGAUGCUUGGACGAGGUUUAUGAAUCUGUAUCAAAUUGUUAUGUCCUGGGUGGCUGAGAAGCGUACGUUCUUGGAUCAAACCAUUGAGCUGCGCACUUUGCCAGAAGCCAGGAACAAACUGAACGACUAUGCAACGGCUGUGAAGAGUAUUAAACCGAUUGUGAAGCAUUUGAGCGAAAUGGAUAAGGAAUUGGAGCAUAUUGGACAAGUUACUACGGUGGGCGAUCUCAAGGAUAAGUUGCAGGAGGCCGAGGAUGCGAAGAUAUCCGUGGAAGCGGUGCUGCUGGAGAGGAAUUCCCUGCUGCAAGAGGCCUGCGAAGAAUGGGACCAAUGUGAACGUAAGAUUAAGGAUAUACGCGCUUGGCAUGAGAAAACCAAGCAAACCCUCGACUCUUCGCCCCAACAUAAGAAACCCCUGCGUGAUCAAUUGGGAUACUGUGAGAAGACCCUGGCCGAUAUUAAUGUGCAAAAAACUAAACUGAGACUGUCUAUUGAAAAACUUGAGGUUCAUUUCCGCAAUGGCAUGGGCGGUGAUCCACGCCUUAGCGAGAAUGUUGAUGAUUUGGUGCGCGUGCUCGAUGGCUUGGGUGGUGUGGUGAAAACCAAAUCGCAGAGCCUCGAGCAAACGCUGGCCCAAAUCGAUGUCUAUCAGCAGCAAAUGCAAACGCUGCGCCAACGGAUUAUACAGGAAGAGCAGCAGUUACGUCUGGUUAUGGCCCCCACGUACUUGCCACACGAUCGUGAGCGCGCAUUAGCCGAUCAACAGGCAUUGCGACAAUCAAUCGAUGGCAUGCAGCAAACCUACGAUGCCACCGCUGCUAAAUCCUAUGCUCUGGAUCCCCAUUCAGUGGUAACCACUUCAUCAACUGUCUCGUUGCUUAUGAAGCCAACGGCAGUAGGUCUAACCUAUGCUGAAGUGUUAUCAGGUCAUGCGAGUCCGGUAAGCGGUAAUGAAACGACAACAACGACUACAACCACAACAUCCAGACAAGAAAUACCAAAACGAGAACAAGACACGACACCAACGACCCGGCAACAGACAACAACCACGAUAACGACAACCACUAUUUCCUCAAGUUCAAUACCAACGCACGAGAAAGAUUCCUUGGAUUUGCAGCAGUAUGAUGUCCAUGCGAGCAGUGUAAUACCACCAUCUUCCACUGAAAUCUAUGAGCGACUCGAACAACAUCAACAAAAUCCAACACACAGCGAUGGCCAAUUCACCGGUUCAUCUCAUGAUGUUGAAUCUACCAGCACGACCACCACCACCACAACUAUUAUCACAUCACAACAGCAAGUUCCUAACACAAUUCAACAGAUACAAACAACUCCCAAUCAGAACACUCAAUUUAUUGAAACCGAACAGCAGCAGGAGCAACAUUAUCAGGUAAAUUCGAAGGGUAAGAAACUACAACCGCCAAGGCCGGAGCGACGUGGUCGUUCACCCAGACGGCGUCGUGAGCCCAAACCAGACAUAGAGAUUCAAGGUGACCCAUUAACUGGACACCAUUAUCACCAGCAACAAUAUCACCAGCAGGAGCAUCAGCAAAACCUACAACAUCAACUUUAUUUACCUCACGAAGAUCGCACACGUUCGCGUAGUCCUCUAUGGGUUCCAGGUUCAACUUCAUAUGCAGAAGUCUUACGAGGCAUCGAAUUGGAGCGCGUAAGGGCAGAAGAGCUGGCUGGAAAGGUUGCUGCAUCGCAAUCGCAGGCCCACAUGGACUUAACCAUACAAGAUGUGGUAGAUGCCAGUGCUGCUGCCGCACAAAUAUAUGUGCCUGAACCUGAACCUCAGGAACAGCAACAGCAGCCGCCUGCCCAAUAUAUUACUGAAUCCAGCACUAAUCUAACAUAUGCUCAGCCUCAGCUGCAACAACAACAGACAAUACAAAAUACAUUAACUAGCUAUGAGGUUCCUAUGACAGCAGAGGAAAUUGCUGAUACUUACCUUCAGCCGGAUCCGCUUUUGUAUCAGAGUAUGUACGAAAAUGUGGCUGACAGUGGCCAGUGGGACUAUGUGACACAAGCCAACCAACCCCAGGCACAGCAGCAACAUCAAGAACAGCAGCAACAACAACAACAACAGCAACAGCAAAAUUACUAUGAUCAAAUAAUGCAAAUGCAAUAUCCCAUACAGUAUCAGCCUGUAGCCGUGCAACAAGCACCCAAUCAAUAUCAACUGUUAACUGGUUAUUACCAGCCAGUGGCCCAGUCCGAUGCCUAUCCCACUGUGUAUACCACAGAGCCAUCGCAAAUAUAUUAUACCCAGCAGACGUCAGAAUAUACCCAGCAGUACCAACAGCAGCAACAGGAUCCCAAUACUGCAUAUCAACCCGAAAAUGUAAGUGUGGAGCAAACCUAUGUGUUAGAGCCCUACAGCGUGGAAAGUACUCUACCCCCAGUCAACUCAACAACAGGCAGCAGUGUUUUGGAUCGUGUUGUCACCACAUUGGCAUCGAUAGUGCAGCAAAGUACCGAACCUUUGACCACCAGUACGCAGCAAAUACAACCGAAUGUUGCAGAAAUCGAAAUUCCAACAGCUACUCCGCCACACCACCAAAUCUACAUUGAAGAAAAUGUUCAGAUGCUGAGACCUGUGGAGCCGCAAGAGUUUGAACUCAAUGAACCCCGACCCGAUAUAACUUUUGGCCAGUUUGAUACGGAUGCCAUUGCAACAAUACCAGUUGAACAGCCAGUCCAACCUCAACCAACUUAUGCGCAAGAGACUAUUGUCCUGCAAGAGGAACAACAGCCAACUGUGAUAGAAACGCUACAACCUCAGGAAAUUGUUCCACAAGCCCCAACAGCAUCCCCUCCUUCAACAGCACAACCUGUUACAGUGCGUCCCAAACAGCAACUUCCCCGUGAAUAUGAACAGCAACAACAACCCCAAGAUAUUAGUUCUGGUAGUACAUAUGCCGAAGUGCUAUUCGGUUUGCAACAUAAAGAACAUCCAGUUUUCCAGCCAUCCAGUCAGAAACCAGUACGUUUAACGUCAUCACCUCCAGAACAUCGUAAAGCUGAACAUCAUGUUACAACAACAAUAACAAAUCGACAGCACACCAGACGAGCUGAUAGAUCUCCAGUUUGGGAACGCCGGGAUGACAAUCCAGACGCCAGAAACCAAUCAAAGUCAAAACGAUUGAGACAUGAACAACAUCCAGAACCAUUGCCAAUUAAAAUAAGUACCAGGAAAGAGCCAAAAUCAAAUAGAAAACACAAGUCUCCCGAAACUACGUCUAAUGGAGAGAGCCAUAAAGUUACAGAAGUGGUAUCUGCACCUAGCCAAAAAGUUCUUGUUGUGGAAGAUAAACCAACUGCCCAGCAACCAGAACCAAAGCCUAGAAAAUCAAAGAAAUCUAAAAAGCCACUCGAUCAACCUGAGGAUGUUGUCAUUACAGAACCAGCUGCUGUUGCCAUUCCUUCUGGUCCAAUCAAAAAGAAAACUAUUGUGGAAACAACAAUAACAAGCACUACGGAUAUUGUAGAAACACCCAAAGAAGAGACUGCUACUAUAUCAGGACCACAGAAAAAGGAAAGGAAACAAACCCAAGUGGAAACAGCUAUAACCACGCAGAAAACAGUUGAGCCUGCUGUAGAAGUUAAGGUCGUCGAAAAAGUUUCUAAGCCUGUUGCACCUUUGAAAAAGGAAAGAAAGCAUUCUGAAAAGAAAGUGGAACCGUCUGACAACGUACAAGUCAACGUAGUUACUGAGCCCUCUAAGAAAGAAACGAAACGCUCAAAGAAGAGGACUAUAACACCGACACCGCCCGAUCAAGAAAAUAUUACAACUACAGUAAUUGCUGAAUCUGUAACACAAGUUGACAAGAUCCCAGAGAUAGUUCCAAAUGUUAAUGAGACCAUUUCAGUGUCUGAGCUAAAAACUACAACCAAAUCGGUUCCUGAAAUUGCUGCUGCAGCGCCAAUUCCAGAAGCUACUGACACUCCAACCAAGAUUGUGGUGGAGCCAAAUGAGGAGGAACAUUCCGAAAUUGUAUAUGUUAUACAAUCAGUUAGCGAACCGCAUCUUGUUGAUACUUCAUCAGUAGUAGAAAAAGUUAAUGGUAAUGCCGUGAUUCAGGAACCUGGCCAAGAAUUGCCGACUGACACAUCGGUGGAAACCACUGAGACUCUAAUCGAAGGGGAACCUGUAGUGAGCACACAAACUAACACGAUAUCUACAGAAACUGGGACUACAACAAUCACAACCAGAACAAUAACAAAGCAUAUUACUAAGCGGAUUGUAAAGCGCAUAAUUGAUGGACGGGAAGAGAUUGUUGAGGAAGAUGUUAUCGAUGAUUUACCUGAAGAAAAUGUUUCCAUCGAGCAAUUUGAUAUACCAAUAGUUGAAACGACAACAACUAGCGCCAUUCCUUUUGAUAUCACAGGCCUUUCUUCUUCAAACCAAGAUAACACUACAGUUGUUCAAGGUGGAUCCAUAACAAAGACAAUAAUUACUAAAACUAAGCGUAUUCUUAAACGAGUCACCGACGAAGGCGAGGAAGUUAUUGAAGAAGUGUUCGAAGAUGAGCCUGAAGUAGAGCGCGAUGUAACUUUGUUACCAACAACAGUAGUAACAUCAAAGCAUAUUGUGGCCGAAGAGGAUAAAGCCCCACAAGAAAUUCAAAACGCCGCAGAAACUGUAGUUGAGGAAAUUGUUAAACAAGUGGAACAAAACACCUUGCCUGAGCCGCAAAAACCAGCUCGCAAAGAUAAGAAAAAGAACAAGCAAGAAGCUAAGAAAGAACAAAAAGAUUUACUUGCUUCUAUUGCCGUUGUUGUAGAUGAAAAACAAAGCGAUAGUGCUGUUCAGGAACAACCAGAGAUUGCAGUUAAAACAGAAAUAGUUACAACUAUUCCAUCAGAAAUUCAACAGGUCAAACCCACGAGACCCAGCCGCAAGGAUAAGAAAAAGAAGUCAGAAAGCGAAGAGCCUGCAAAGGAAGAAAGCAUUGUGCAAAAGGUGGCCGAAAUUAUCGAACCACAACCCCAACUAGAAACCACAGAGCCCCUGAACUCAACAAGUGCAAUUAUUACAGAUGAAACACAAACUCAAUCAUCUGAAGGAUCUGUUAUUAAUGACGACGGAGGCCUUAUAAAGACAACAGUCAUACGUACCACGAAAAUUGUCAAAAAAAUUAGUCAACAACAGGAUAGUCAAGAAAUAAUGUCGACAUCGGUGCACUCAGAUGUUCCAUCAUUGGAUUCAUUUGAAUUGGCCGAAGAGGCUUCGGAGAAAGAAAGCAAGUUGGAGAAAUCGGAAACCAAUAGCCGUGAAAUAAGUGAUGAUGGUGUGGUUAAAACAACCAAGACAAAAACGAUACGUAAAAUUAAAAGUCCCAAAAUUGAAGAGCCAAUUGUGGAACCUGCCAUUACUCAAAAGGAUUCUUUACCCCAGUCAGCGCCUAUAGCUGAACAAAUUGAUUUUUCUGAGCAAAGUACUGAUAACAACGUGCUUAAGACAACUGUAGUGCGCACAACAAAAAUUAUCAAGAAAAUUUCCCAGGAUACUGAAAAUUUGAGCGAGACGAGUAGCGAAGCUGAUUCAACAGCAACAUCUUCUCUUCCUGCUGUAGAGACUAUUAUCCAGAAUGCUCCAAUCGUAGCUGAAUCGAUUACCACCGAAUCUAAUAGUGAGGGUAUCACUAAGACUACAACUACACGUACAACCAAGGCUGUGAACAAAACUAUUUUAACCGAAAGUGUAGUUGUUGAUGACGCUCCAAUUGCGGUCUUCGUUGCUGAUUCCCUAGAUCAAAAGAUUGUUGAGGAUUUAAAUAUUACUGUAACUGAUGUGCCAAAUGGUAGCAAGAUAAAGUCUACUACACUGGACUUUAUAGAUGCCGAAAAACAAGGCACAGAACCAGUUCCUCAGAAACCAAAAAGGAGGUCCGAAACAUCCGUUACAGUUACGCCUAAGCAAUCCGAGGCUCUAGUGUCUCAGGCUGUUAUUCCUGAUGCUGAACCAAUAAUAGAAAUUCCAGUUGAAGGCGACUCUAGUUUAGCCGUUCUUCCAGUUAUCGAAUUUACCAAACCUGAACCUGAUUCAAUCAAUAUUGCUGGUGAUGUUGUAAAAACAACGAUUGUCCGAACAACCAAGAUUGUAAAGAAAGUAUCACAGAACGUUGAAAACGAAAGUGUUACCGAAGUUGCUGUUGUUCCCAAACUGGAUGAGGAUCUUUCCGUACCUGUUGAUGAAUCAAUUCCAGAAAAUUCCAAUGGUGGUGGUGUUACCAAAACAACAACCGUGCGUACAACGAAAAUUGUAAAGAAAUUAAACGAUGAAGGUGAGACCACAACCGAGGAAAGUAGCACCGCAAGUGAACCCAUUACGGUGCGUGAAGCUUCGCCAACGGCUUCGGAAAUUCCAAGUGAGACUUCGACGACAUCCAGCCAAUUUGAUGGAGCUAUAAUCAAGACAACUACUGUACGCACAAUGCGUAUAACUAAACGCAUAGCAAAUGACGGACGUAUUGUUCUCACGGAAAGUGAUUCACCGGACGAUGUUAUUGUAACGUCGAGCAUUGAAAUGCCCGAUCAAAGGCCAACUAGUCCUGUUGUAUCCUCGCAUACAAUUUCCAAAUCAACAUCUCCUGUUGUUACGCCAAGCAGCGAAUUCAAAAUAGCAAAUAUUGUUAGUGACAAUGUUCAUUUAGGUCUUGGGGAUAGCCGAACUUGUGUUAAGGUUGUGGGAAUUGAGACAAAUACCAUGCAACCGCAGCCUCUGACUGAUGAGCAAUACCAUUCAUCGUCUAAGAGUACGACUAACGGGGCUAUUAGUGAGGCAGAUAGUAUUACCACUACUACUACAACUACCAAAAAUACGAUACUCACAACGACAAGACAGCGUAGUUUCGAAACUGAAGAUGGCACAAAUGUUCUUUUCGUGGGAGAAGGCAUUGACGGUGUCUAUCCACCAGGCACAGUCCAAAAAAUUUCUCUUAUUACUCAUGAAGAAAAGCUGAAGACACCGAUUGUGAAAAUGCAUCUUGAUUUUCCAGAGGUUAGUCUUCGCGUGACUGAGACUGUUACCGAAAAUGUAGAGUCCCUUCAAAAAACAGCCGAAGCUAGUGAGAAUUCUGUGAUUGAGGUAAUCGAUGUGUCUACAUCCGAUGCAUCAGAGAACAAAUUGGUAGAGAGCGUAACUGAAAAGGCAGUUAAGGAGCUUGUCGGAGAGCAAAUUGAGGCUAUUGAGGAUAUUUUAGUUUCAAGAGAUAGCCAACCAUUGUCCCCAGCUGAGCUUAGUCCAGAAGAACAACAAUUGUUUGAGGAUAUUCAGAAGAAACUCUCGAAGAAAGAUAAAAAGAAACGACCUGCAAUUCCCGAAGAGUUUAUCCAGCAAGAAAUUGCUUCCGUACAAGAAAGCAAGCAUAAGGAUAUUGGUAAUGUGACCUCUGUAGUUGAAGAGAAAUCCCGAACUGAUGUAAUCAUAGAUGAAUCUGAAGAAUUAUUCCCGAAUAUUUAUAAAGACGUAGCAUUGGUUUCAAAAGUAAACAUUAUUGACCAUGUCAAAGCAGAUACCCUUUACCAUGAGACUAUGCAAGUUUCUAUCCCAUGUCAAGAAGAAGCGCAAUUAGAUAUUCCAUGUGAAGUUCAAAUAAGCCCUGCCCUUACUAAUAAUGCUAAUCAAAUUCUUCCUGCCAAACCAAGUGUAUUAAUUGCUGAAGCAUCUGUAGCUAACACGGUAAGCACAUUAAAUACAAUCACUAAUAUUGCAAACGUUAUUACUUCCGUUGAUAAGAUCUUUGAUAUUCCAAAAUAUGAUAUAUCUAAAUUUGUUAUUGCUGAGGGUUUUUAUCACAUAAUCAAUUCUAAGGCUCAAGAAGUAGUUUCUCCUAAACCAGAGGAGGAGGAAAAUACUUUCCCUGUUCUAGUUACUUUACCAACUGAUAAAACUGCAGUAGAUACAACAAAAACAACCAUUAAAUUUUCCGACAUCGACACGAUUUCAACAGCAGUGGAAAAUUCUACUACACCGCGUGUUGUAGAGCUUCCGCAAGAAACCGAAACAGUACCAAAAAUUUAUAAUUUUGAGGUUCCCAAAUUUGAUGUAAUUUCCAUGACUAAAGCAGAAGUUUUACAACAAACUUCUGAAGCCCAAAAGGCAAGGGAUGAAACAAUUUCGUCAGUGGAAUCUUUAGCAGACAGUAAGUUAUCUCUUACUGAUCUUAAAAUCGGUAAUCCAGGUAACAUAAACCUGCCAGCAAAUUCGCUUCAAAUCGACCAUGAAACUAAACAAAAUUUACCCAUUAUUUUUAACUAUGAAAUUCCAAAAUAUAACACAAGUGCACAAAGUAACGCAGAAACUCUGUACAAUAUCAUCAAAAAUGUCGCUAAAAACAAAGAAGAACAAUUUAUACAGCAACAAGAAGAUACUGUACACGUUAAAGAAGCUCCAGUGGUAGAAGAAUCUGAAACAAGCACAACAGUCACAACAACAACUACAGUGACAGAGACAGUCAGCGAAACUCCUGUUCCAGUCAUUGAGGAAUCUAAACCUGCCGAGUCUGAAAAUAAACCAGAGGAGCCAAAGAAACCAGCGUAUGCAGGACUGCCUGUCGAUGAUUCAACAAACUCAUGGAUGGAUGUUCUGGAUGAGCCGAUGAGUUUCUCCGACGAGGAAGAGGAACCUGCAGUACAGACAAUAGAAGCUUCCGUUCCUGUUGAACCCAUUGUCGUAGAGGAUAAACCUAAAGAAGUUCUCAAAGCUCCUAUGGUAGAAGAAUCCAAAACAACCACAACAGUCACAACGACAACUACAGUGACAGAGACAGUCAGUGAGGAACCUGAGGAGAAGACAAAAAUAGAAGCUCCUGUUCCUGUUGCACCUUUUGUUGUGGAGGUAGCACAAGUAACUGUUUCUGAGGAUAAACCAAAAGAAGUUAUCGAAGCUCCUAUGGUAGAAGAAUCCAAGACAACCACAACAGUCACAACGACAACUACAGUGACAGAGACAGUCAGUGAAACUCAUGUUCCCGUCAUUGAGGACUCGAAACCAAUCGAGUCUGAUAAGAAACCAGAGGAGCCAAAGAAACCAGCGUAUGCAGGACUGCCAGUCGAUGAUUCAACAAACUCAUGGAUGGAUGUUCUGGAUGAACCGAUGACUUUCUCCGACGAGGAAGAGGAACCUGUGGAGAAGACAAAAAUAGAAGCUCCCGUUUCUGUUGCACCUAUUGUCGUAGAGGAUAAAUCUAAAGAAAUCAUCGAAACUCCCGUGGUAGAAGAAUCCAAAACAACCACAACAGUCACAGCAUCAACUACAGUGACAGAGACAGUCAGUGAGGAACCUGGGGAGAAGACAAAAAUAGAAGCUCCUGUUCCAGUUGCACCUAUUGUUGUGGAAGUAACACAAGUAACUGUUUCUGAGGAUAAACUCAUACAAGUUAUCGAACCACCUGCGGUAGAAGAAUCCAAGAAAACCACAACAGUCACAACGACAAAUACAGUGACAGAGACAGUCAGUGAAACUCCUCUUGCAGACAUUGAGGACUCGAAUCCAAUCGAGUCUGAUAAGAAACCAGAGGAGCCAAAGAAACCAGCGUAUGCAGGACUGCCAGUCGAUGAUUCAACAAACUCAUGGAUGGAUGUUCUGGAUGAACCGAUGACUUUCUCCGACGAGGAAGAGGAACCUGUGGAGAAGACAAAAAUAGAAGCUCCCGUUUCUGUUGCACCUAUUGUCGUAGAGGAUAAAUCUAAAGAAAUCAUCGAAACUCCAGCGGUAGAAGAAUCCAAGACAACCACAACAGUCACAACGACAACUACAGUGACAGAGACAGUCAGUGAAACUCCUGUUCCCGUCAUUGAGGAAUCUAAGCCUGCCGAGUCUGAAAAGAAACCAGAGGAGCCAAAGAAACCAGCGUAUGCAGGAUUGCCUGUCGAUGAUUCAACAAACUCAUGGAUGGAUGUUCUGGAUGAGCCGAUGAGUUUCUCCGACGAGGAAGAGGAACCUGUAGUACAGACAAUAGAAGCUCCCGUUUCUGUUGCACCUAUUGUCGUAAAGGAUAAAUCUAAAGAAAUCAUCGAAACUCCGGCGGUAGAAGAAUCCAAGACAACCACAACAGUCACAACGACAACUACAGUGACAGAGACAGUCAGUGAAACUCCUGUUCCCGUCAUUGAGGAAUCUAAGCCUGCCGAGUCUGAAAAGAAACCAGAGGAGCCAAAGAAACCUGCGUAUGCAGGAUUGCCUGUCGAUGAUUCAACAAACUCAUGGAUGGAUGUUCUGGAUGAGCCGAUGAGUUUCUCCGACGAGGAAGAGGAACCUGCAGUACAGACAAUAGAAGCUCCCGUUUCUGUUGCACCUAUUGUCGUAAAGGAUAAAUCUAAAGAAAUCACCGAAAUUCCAGCAGUAGAAGAAUCCAAGACAACCACAACAGUCACAACGACAACUACAGUGACAGAGACAGUCAGUGAAACCCCAGUUGCAGUCGUUGAGGAAUCGAAACCUGUCGCAUCCGAAGAAGAACAAUCCAAGAUAAACAGAACAACGAAAACUACAGUAUCAGUCAGUGAAGCUCAUGUUCCAGUCAUUCAAGAUGAUGUAAUAAUUGUCGAGAAUAAAAAUCAUUUUGUUGAAACUUCAUCUAAUAGAGACGUCCAAGUCACUACAACAACAGUGAUGAAGGAUGAAAAUAAAUCCAUAUCUGAAGAUUCCAAAAUAAAAAUCGAUGCUGACGUUAAGCCAUUGGAGCCUAUCGAUACUUGGUCCAGCGUAUUAGAAGAUACCACACCCAAUUCUGGGAAUAUCGCUUUUAGCUCAACUUUGUCAGCCGAUGCUCCAGAAUUUACUCCGUCCUACUUAAAACAUGUCUACGCUGACCAAACUCACACGUUCUUGGCAAACGAAAGAGUGUACAACGAAUUCAUUCCCCGAAACAAAUCGGAACAUAUCGAACAACGUCAAAAGCCAAAGAAGGUUAAACCCCCAAAACGACAUAAGAAACCGGCUGAUGUUCAUGAAGAGGUUCAAAAUAUUCCCCAAGAGCAACCUGAAUUUGUGAAUGAACCAAUUGUUGUAUCAGUGGAAGAUAAUGUUUGGGCAAAGAACCAUGAUGGAAAGUCAUAUGCAGAUGUUUUGUUUAAUUCAGGAUUAAUUAGCGUGCCGGGCUUUGGAGAAUCUACAGUAAUCGAAAAGCAAAAAGAGGCCGUCGAUAAAGUUCGACCACAGAAGUCCAAGCCAAAGUCUGAAAAACGUAAGCCGGCGGAAUCAACGUUUAAAAUUUCAAAAGCUAACGUAGAGACUGAGGAACAAAAAUCAACAUCCGAAACUGAGCUUUCUAUACCAACAACUGAAAGCGAUGAGUCCAAGCCCACAACAGAAAGUUCGAAAGAGCCAUCAUCAGAUGAAAAGGAGCUUCCUGUUUCGUCUACAAUAUCAUGGUCCGCUUUGGUUCGCAGACCUGGUGAGUGGUCCGAUACCACAGUUACCACUGCUAAAACAGAUAUAAAAAUUAAAGAACAGCCUUCUAAAAAAGAAAACGAACCUACAAAAACUACAAAAUCGAAAAAAGCUAAGAAACCCAAAAAGGUCUUCGUGGAACCAGUUUCUACCACUUCAGAAGAUGAGCAUCUCGAACCAAUUCCUGUUGUGUUAGUUCAAGCUGUACCAAGCAAAUCCACAGAGGCUUCAGGCGAGUCUGCAGUUACAAUAUAUCAGGAUGAGAAACAUCCGGAAGUCGGCGAACAGACAGGUUUCUCCUGGGCGUCACUUGUUAAAAGGCCAGGCGAAUGGAUCGACACUACUGUAAAUCAAAUAAAAACAGCUGUUUCUACUUCGACAGAGAAAAAGGAAUCCAGUGACAAGGAAGAUCAAGAAAAACCGAAAAAAUUAAAGUCAAAGAAAAAACGAGAGCAAAACAAGCAUCAGCACAUCCAAACUGAAAAAGAAAUUAAGACUCAAAUAAUACCUGACCCUGUUAAAGAGUUUUCGGCCAUUGAAACUGAAAUUGCAGAGGUUCACGAACCUGUUCAAAAGCCAGUGGAAAAUUCAGGUAGCUCGUUCUCCUGGGCUUCUUUAGUGAAAACGCCUGGUGAAUGGGUGGAUGACAUAGCUACACGCAAAAACCCAGCUGCUCUAAAAGAGGAGACAACAGUAGAAUUGCCUGUUCAAAAAGAACGUAAAAUUUUGAAAGCCGACAAGAAAUCUAAGAAGGAGGCUACAAACGAAAAUAUUAAAAAGGUGCGACCCGAACCCCAACCCGUACCCGAAAUUGUUCCUUCUGAUGAUAGUGAUGCACCACCUAACCAAAAAGAGAAUGUAAUUACUUGGGCGAAGAUUGCUAGUCAAAUCGAUAAAAUGGAAGAGCUGCCGGUUAAAACAAACCAUAUUAAACAAAAGGAAAAUAUAAAAACUAAGGUAAACUUAGAUCAUCCUGAGAAGAAGAUAAAGUCAAAAUCAUCGGAAUCAAAUCCUGAAUUUAAACUUAAAUCGCCUCACUCAUGGGCUGCUGUAGUAAAUCAACAAACCAUAGAUUUUAUUGAAGCAGAAAAACCGAAAAAUUCUCAAUCAUCUUCUGACGUCAAGAAAAAGCAAAAGCUAACGGUACAAUCAUUGAUAUUAACUGAACCGCAGGAGUCGGCGACUGUCCAUAGUCCUAAAUUCUCUGGUAUUAUUGACGAACAUUCCGAAGUGCAACCACACAGAUCUUGGGCUGAGAUGAUUGAUGAUGGACAAGAUGAAGUAACCCUUGAAUCGAAGCCAUGGAAGGAGUUAAUUGAAGAUGAAGUGGAAAUUCCUCUGUUAACUGAAAACGGCGAUGAAGCUAAUAUUAGCAAAAUCAUACAAACCAUCCAAGAAAUGAGAACAAUUGAAAAUAUAGAACCACAUAAAGAAGAAUCGUAUACAAAAGAAGUCAAUAAAACUCCAGUAGUAGAAGAAUCCAAGACAACCACAACAGUCAAAACGACAACUACAGUGACAGACGCAGUCAGUGAGGAACCUGUUGCACCUAUUGUUGCGGAGGUAACACAAGUAAAUGUUUCUGAGGAUCAACCCAAAGAAGUAAUCGAAGCUCCUGUGAUAGAAGAAUCCAAGACAACCACAACAGUCACAACGACAACUACAGUGACAGAGACAGUCAGUGAAACUCCCGUUCCAGUCAUUGCGGAAUCUAAACCGUCCGAGUCUGAAAAGAAACCAGCGUAUGCAGGAUUGCCUGUCGAUGAUUCAACAAACUCUUGGAUGGAUGUUCUCGAUGAGCCGAUGAGUUUCUCCGACGAGGAAGAGGAACCUGCAGUACAGACAAUAGAAGCUCCCGUUCCUGUUGAACCCAUUGUCGUAGAGGAUAAACCUAAAGAAAUCACCGAAAUUCCAGCAGUAGAAGAAUCCAAGACAACCACAACAGUCACAACGACAACUACAGUGACAGAGACAGUUAGUGAAACUCCUGUUCCAGUCAUUGAGGAAUCUAAACCUGCCGAGUCUGAAAAGAAACCAGAGGAGCCAAAGAAACCAGCGUAUGCAGGAUUGCCUGUCGAUGAUUCAACAAACUCAUGGAUGGAUGUUCUGGAUGAGCCGAUGAGUUUCUCCGACGAGGAAGAGGAACCUGCAGUACAGACAAUACAAACUCCCGUUCCUGUUGAACCCAUUGUCGUAGAGGAUAAACCUAAAGAAAUCACCGAAAUUCCAGCAGUAGAAGAAUCCAAGACAACCACAACAGUCACAACGACAACUACAGUGACAGAGACAGUGAGUGAAACUCCUGGUCCAGUCAUUGAGGAAUCUAAACCUGCCGAGUCUGAAAAGAAACCAGAGGAGCCAAACAAACCAGCGUAUGCAGGAUUGCCUGUCGAUGAUUCAACAAACUCAUGGAUGGAUGUUCUGGAUGAGCCGAUGAGUUUCUCCGACGAGGAAGAGGAACCUGCAGUACAGACAAUACAAACUCCCGUUCCUGUUGAACCCAUUGUCGUAGAGGAUAAACCUAAAGAAAUCACCGAAAUUCCAGCAGUAGAAGAAUCCAAGACAACCACAACAGUCACAACGACAACUACAGUGACAGAGACAGUUAGUGAAACUCCAGUUCCAGUCAUUGAGGAAUCUAAACCUGCCGAGUCUGAAAAGAAACCAGAGGAGCCAAAGAAACCAGCGUAUGCAGGAUUGCCUGUCGAUGAAUCAACAAACUCAUGGAUGGAUGUGCUGGAUGAGCCGAUGAGUUUCUCCGACGAGGAAGAGGAACCUGCAGUACAGACAAUACAAACUCCCGUUCCUGUUGAACCCAUUGUCGUAGAGGAUAAACCUAAAGAAAUCACCGAAAUUCCAGCAGUAGAAGAAUCCAAGACAACCACAACAGUCACAACGACAACUACAGUGACAGAGACAGUUAGUGAAACUGCUGUUCCAGUCAUUGAGGAAUCUAAGCCUCCCGAGUCUGAAAAGAAACCAGAGGAGCCAAAGAAACCAGCGUAUGCAGGAUUGCCUGUCGAUGAUUCAACAAACUCAUGGAUGGAUGUUCUGGAUGAGCCGAUGACUUUCUCCGACGAGGAAGAACCUGUGGAGGAAGAACCUCUUGCACCUGUUGUUGUGGAGGUUACACAAGUAACUGUUUCUGAGGAUCAACCCAAAGAAGUAAUCGAAGCUUCUGUGGUAGAAGAAUCCAAGACAACCACAACAGUCACAACGACAACUACAGUGACAGAGACAGUCAGUGAAACUCCUGUUCCCGUCAUUGAGGACUCGAAACCAAUCGAGGCUGAAAAGAAACCUGAAGAGCCAAAGAAACCAGCGUAUGCAGGAUUGCCUGUCGAUGAUUCCACAAACUCAUGGAUGGAUGUUCUGGAUGAGCCGAUGACUUUCUCCGACGAGGAAGAACCUGUGGAGGAAGAACCUCUUGCACCUGUUGUUGUGGAGGUUACACAAGUAACUGUUUCUGAGGAUCAACCCAAAGAAGUAAUCGAAGCUUCUGUGGUAGAAGAAUCCAAGACAACCACAACAGUCACAACGACAACUACAGUGACAGAGACAGUCAGUGAAACUCCUGUUCCCGUCAUUGAGGACUCGAAAUCAAUCAAGUCUGAUAAGAAACCAGAGGAGCCAAAGAAACCAGCGUAUGCAGGAUUGCCUGUCGAUGAUUCAACAAACUCAUGGAUGGACGUUCUGGAUGAGCCGAUGACUUUCUCCGAUGAGGAAGAGGAACCUGCAGUACAGACAAUAGAUACUCCCGUUCCUGUUGAACCCAUUGUCGUAGAGGAUAAACCUAAAGAAAUCAUCGAAAUUCCAGCAGUAGAAGAAUCCAAGACAACUACAACAGUCACAACGACAACUACACUGACGGAAAAAAUUUCUGCAAAUCCUGUUUCGACCAUUGAGAAAUCUAAUCCAGACGUGUCAAAUGUGUGGGAGCGACAUUCGUCAUAUGCUGAUGUCCUUAAACACACACUUGAUUUUAUUGCCAUCGAGAAAAAUAAUGUUGAAACCCCAAGAGAUGAUCAAUUGACAAAACAAUCGUUUGAAGACGCUGAGAAACAUCAAAAGCUCCAUAAAAAGGAUAAAGCCAAGAAUAAUAAACAGAAAAAUCCUCGAAAUCAGCCAAAAGCUGAUGUCAUUCUCAGUGAUAGUGAAAUAAUAAAGACUCAACUAGAAGAAAAUACCAAUAAAUUAAAUAAACAUUCUGUACUAGAGGUGAUUGACAAUGGAGUGGAAGAUCGAUCCCAACGCACUUCUAGUAUUAACUUCUCGUGGUCAUCUGUAGUACGACAAGGUGUGGAAGAACCAUUAAUGAAAGUCAUUCAAAAAGACGAAUGCGUCGAUGUAAAUUCAUUAAAGGAAUUAGGAUUGUCAGGUGCUGAGACUUCCCAAAAUCAAAAGACUCAGGACUUUAUCUCUCAGGAGCAACAAUUCUCCACACUUGUAAACAAAAAACACAAAAAUCAAAAAGGCAAAAAGGACCAAAUACAUACGAAGAAAACGCCAGCCGUUUCCGAUCAACCCACAUCAGAAUUAUCAUCAACUCAGCAUUUGUCGUGGUCUUCAAUAGUUUCACAAACAACAGAGGUGACGCCAUCAAUUCAGGAGACCGUUGUCACUGAAGUGGUUACUACACAAGUUUCAGAAACUCAGGAACCUCUUGAGAAGCCUAAAAAACAAAAGUCAAAGAAGGAGAAGAAACCCAAAGCUGAACCCCUUCCAGAACCUGUUAAGGAAGUAAUCACUGUUGUCGAAAAAAAUGAGACGGAGAAGGAAGAGCCUGUUCCAGUUGCCAAAGAAACACCUUUAGCACCAUGGUCAGAUGUUGCAGAGGUCAUACCACAUUCGGAGCCAGAACAACCGAUACCCUCAACUGAGACAUCUCCAUUCCAGCCUCUGUCGUGGUCUACAAUAGUUUCACAAACAACAGAGGUGACGACAUCAAUUCAGGACACCAUUGUCACUGAAGUGGUUACUACUCAAGUUUCGGAAUCUCAAGAACCACUUGAGAAACCUAAAAAACAAAAGUCAAAGAAGGAGAAGAAACCCAGAGCUGAACCCCUUCCAGAACCUGUUAAGGAAGUGACCACUGUUGUCGAAAAAAUUGUGACAGAAAAAGAAGAGCCUGUUCCAGUUGCCAAAGAAACACCUUUAGCACCAUGGUCAGAUGUUACAGAAGUCAUACCACAAUCGGAGCCAGAACAACCGAUACCCUCAACUGAGACAUCUCCAUCCCAGCCUCUGUCAUGGUCUACAAUAGUUUCACAAACAACAGAGGUGACACCAUCAAUUCAGGACACCAUUGUCACUGAAGUGGUUACUACUCAAGUUUCGGAAACUCAAGAACCACUUGAGAAACAUAAAAAACAAAAGUCAAAGAAGGAGAAGAAACCCAGAGCUGAACCCCUUCCAGAACCUGUUAAGGAACUUACCACUGUUGUCGAAGAAAUUGUGACAGAAAAAGAAGAGCCUGUUCCAGUUGCCGAUGAAACACCUUUAACACCAUGGUCAGAUGCUAUAGAAGUAAUACCACAAUCGGAACUAGAACAUCCGAUACCCGCAACUAAGGCAUCUCCAUCCCAGCCUCUGUCGUGGUCUUCUAUAGUUUCACAAACAACAGAGGUGACUCCAUCAAUUCAGGAGACCAUAGUUACUGAAGUGGUUACUACACAAGUUUCGGAAACUCAGGAACCCCUUGAGAAACCUAAGAAACAAAAGUCAAAGAAGGAGAAGAAACCCAAAGCUGAACCCCUUCCAGAACCUGUUAAGGAAGUGACCACUGUUGUCGAAGAAAUUGUGACAGAAAAAGAAGAGCCUGUUCCAGUUGCCGAUGAAACACCUUUAGCACCAUGGUCAGAUGUUACAGAAGUCAUAUCACAAUCGGAACCAGAACAACCGAUACCCGCAACUGAGGCAUCUCCAUCCCAGCCUCUGUCGUGGUCUUCAAUAGUUUCACAAACAACAGAGGUGACUCCAUCAAUUCAGGAGACCAUAGUUACUGAAGUGGUUACUACACAAGUUUCGGAAACUCAGGAACCCCUUGAGAAACCUAAGAAACAAAAGCCAAAGAAGGAGAAGAAACCCAAAGCUGAACCCCUUCAAGAACCUGUUAAAGAAGUGACCACUGUUGUCGAAGAAAUUGUGAUAGAAAAAGAAGAGCCUGUUCCAGUUGCCGAAGAAACACCUUUAGCACCAUGGUCAGAUGUUGCAGAAGUCAUGCCCCAAUCGGAACUAGAACAUACGAUACCCGCAACUGAGGCAUCUCCAUCCCAGCCUCUAUCGUGGUCUUCUAUAGUUUCACAAACAACAGAGGUGACUCCAUCAAUUCAGGAGACCGUUGUCACUGAAGUGCUUACUACACAAGUUUCGGAAACUCAGGAACCACUGGAGAAACCUAAGAAACAAAAGUCAAAGAAGGAGAAGAAACCCAAAGCUGAAACCCUUUCAGAACCUGUUAAGAAAGUGACCACUGUUGUCGAAGAAAUUGUGACAGAAAAAGAAGAGCCUGUUCCAGUUGCCGAUGAAACACCUUUAGCAUCAUGGUCAGAUGUUACAGAAGUCAUAUCACAAUCGGAACCACAACAACCGAUACCCUCAACUGAGACAUCUCCAUCCCAGCCUCUGUCGUGGUCUACAAUAGUUUCACAAACAACAGAGGUGACACCAUCAAUUCAGGAGACCAUUGUUACUGAGGUGGUUACUACACAAUUUGUGGAAACUCAGGAACCACUAGAGAAGCCUAAUAAACAAAAGUCAAAGAAGGAGAAGAAACCCAAAGCUGAACCCCUUCCAGAACCUGUUAAGGAAGUGACCACUGUUGUCGAAGAAAUUGUGACAGAAAAAGAAGAGCCUGUUCCAGUUGCCGAUGAAACACCUUUAGCACCAUGGUCAGAUGUUACAGAAGUCAUAUCACAAUCGGAACCAGAAGAACCGAUGAUACCCGCAACUGAGGAUUCUCCAUCCCAGCCUCUGUCGUGGUCUUCAAUAGUUUCACAAACAACAGAGGUGACGCCUUCAAUUCAAGAGACCAUUGUUACUGAGGUGGUUACUACACAAUUUGUGGAAACUCAGGAACCACUAAAGAAGCCUAAUAAACAAAAGUCAAAGAAGGAGAAGAAACCCAAAGCUGAACCCCUUCCAGAACCUGUUAAGGAAGUGACCACUGUUGUCGAAGAAAUUGUGACAGAAAAAGAAGAGCCUGUUCCAGUAGCCGAUGAAACACCUUUAGCACCAUGGUCAGAUGUUACAGAAGUCAUAUCACAAUCGGAACCAGAACAACCGAUACCCUCAACUGAGACAUCUCCAUCCCAGCCUCUGUCGUGGUCUACAAUAGUUUCACAAACAACAGAGGUGACACCAUCAAUUCAGGAAACCAUUGUUACUGAGGUGGUUACUACACAAUUUGUGGAAAAUCAGGAACCACUAGAGAAGCCUAAAAAACAAAAGUCAAAGAAGGAGAAGAAACCCAAAGCUGAACCCCUUCCAGAACCUGUUAAGAAAGUGACCACUGUUGUCGAAGAAAUUGUGACAGAAAAAGAAGAGCCUGUUCCAGUUGCCGAUGAAUCACCUUUAGCAUCAUGGUCAGAUGUUACAGAAGUCAUAUCACAAUCGGAACCAGAACAACCGAUACCCUCAACUGAGACAUCUCCAUCCCAGCCUCUGUCGUGGUCUACAAUAGUUUCACAAACAACAGAGGUGACACCAUCAAUUCAGGAGACCAUUGUUACUGAGGUGGUUACUACACAAUUUGUGGAAACUCAGGAACCGCUAGAGAAGCCUAAAAAACAAAAGUCAAAGAAGGAGAAGAAACCCAAAGCUGAACCCCUUCCAGAACCUGUUAAGGAGGUGCCCACUGUUGUCGAAGAAAUUGUGACAGAAAAAGAAGAGCCUGUUCCAGUUGCCGAUGAAACACCUUUAGCACCAUGGUCAGAUGUUACAGAAGUCAUAUCACAAUCGGAACCAGAACAACCGAUACCCGCAACUGAGGGAUCUCCAUCCCAGCCUCUGUCGUGGUCUUCAAUAGUUUCACAAACAACAGAGGUGACGCCUUUAAUUCAAGAGACCAUUGUUACUGAGGUGGUUACUACACAAUUUGUGGAAACUCAGGAACCACUAGAGAAGCCUAAAAAACAAAAGUCACAGAAGGAGAAGAAACCCAAAGCUGAACCCCUUCCAGAACCUGUUAAGGAAGUGACCACUGUUGUCGAAGAAAUUGUUACGGAGAAGGAAGAGCCUGUUCCAGUUGCCGAUGAAACACCUUUAGCACCAUUGUCAGAUGCUACAGAAGUAUUACCACAAUCGGAACCAGAACAACCGAUACCCUCAACUGAGACAAAUCCAUCCCAGCCUCUGUCGUGGUCUACAAUAGUUUCACAAACAACAGAGGUGACGCCAUCAAUUCAGGAGAGCAUUGUUACUGAAGUGGUUACUACACAAGUUUCGGAAACUCAGGAACCACUAGAGAAGCCUAAAAAACAAAAGUCAAAGAAGGAGAAGAAACCCAACGCUGAACCCCUUCAAGAACCUGUUAAGGAAGUGACCACUGUUGCCAAAGAAAUUGUGACAGAAAAAGAAGAGCCUGUUCCAGUUGCCAAAGAAACGCCUUUAGCACCAUGGUCAGAUGUUACAGAAGUCAUACCACAAUCGGAACCAGAACAACCGAUAUCCUCAGCUGAGGCAUCUCCAUCCCAGCCUCUCUCAUGGUCUUCAAUAGUUUCACAUGCAACAGAGGUGACGCCAUCAAGUCAGGACACCAUUGUCACUGAAGUGGUUACUACUCAAGUUUCGGAAACUCAAGAACCACUUGAGAAACCUAAAAAACAAAAGUCAAAGAAGGAGAAAAAACCCAAAGAUGAACCCCUUCCAGAACCUGUUAAGGAAGUGACCACUGUUGUCAAAGAUAUUGUAACGGAAAAUGAAGAGCCUGUUCCAGUUGCCAAAGAAACACCUUUAGCACCAUGGUCAGAUGUUACAGAAGUCAUACCACAAUCGGAACCAGAACAACCGACACCCUCAACUGAGGCAUCUCCAUCCCAGCCUCUGUCUUGGUCUACAAUAGUUUCACAAACAACAGAGGUGACACCAUCAAUUCAGGAGACCAUUGUCGCUGAACUGCUUACUACACAAGUUGUCGAAAUUCAGGAACCACUAGAGAAGCCUAAAAAACAAAAGUCUAAGAAGGAGAAGAAACCCAAAGCCAAACCUCUUCCAGAACCUGUUAAGGAAAUGGUUACUGUUGUCGAAGAUAUUGUGACGGACAAGGAAGAGCCAGUUCCAGUUGCCGUAGAGAGACAUUUUACACCAUGGUCUAAUGUUGUGGACAAACAAUGGUCGAACAUUGUUGAGGAGCACGAUUCGAUAGUGCAACCCAACAUAACGGACUCCUUUUCGUGGUCGUCGAUUGUUUCUCAAGAUAACGCUGAACAUGAAGCAAUUGUUCAGCCCGUUAUUUCUGAGAAAAUAUAUGAUACAGUUGUAGACACCCACGAUCCUUAUAAAAAGCCCAACAAUCAAAGAUCCAAGAAAGAAAAACAUCCUCAAAAUGAUACUACCGAAACUGUAUUAGACAUAAUGCCUGAUGUUAAUCAAGAACACAAAGCUACCAAGCCUGAGCCUGAAUUUAUUGUACAGUUGCCGAAACCAUCGAAAUCAUCAGUAUGGUCAUCAUCCGAAACAUAUGCUGAAGUCGUUAAAAAGUCUGGAUACACAAAUACUACCAACAUUCGGUAUCAAGAAGAGGAUAUCAAAUCUGUUCCGUCUGUUACAGUUUCUGAAUUCCCAGAUCCCAUUAUAUCGCCAAUUGAAUUGGACUCUAAUUUUGAAAACUCUUCGCUCUCUUGGAAGGAAAUUAUAGAUGAUGAGGUAGAGCCUACUAGUUCAUCAUGGCCACAAAAACCUCAGGAUGAAGAUCCCAAAUAUGAACGACGAUCACGUAUUGCCGAUAAGCCAGCAAUUUCAUUAACUGAAGAUAAUGUUACUAGUCCGGAAGUCAGGCCUAAUGAUGAACAAGGUUUUCUGGAAAUCGUUUCAAAGAAGAGACUUCGGUCCCGUUCUCGUUCGCAACAAUCACAAAUUUCACAAAUAGAAGACAAGCCACAGAAGAAAAAAUCCAAAAAACCCAAAGAGAGAAAACAGACCCCGCCUUCUCAGACACUGAAGGAACCGCAAAUGGAAAAGGAAGCUGUUACCGACAUAGCAAGCGCUGUAAGCGAACCGAGUCCUUUGCCUUAUACCUCUGGCAUGUCUUGGGCAGCAAUAACUGCACAUAACGUUCCUGUGCCAACGCAACAAAUACGUCCUCUAUUGAUCGCGACUAAAGAGAUUGUAAAAGACGGGUUAGGGGAACCCACAAAAGAUCAUAAACUUGGCAUACCAUUCAGAUUGGAAACAACAGAAGCUAAAAAACACAAUCAAAAGUCUAAACGAAAAACACAGCAUGAUACAGUUGACUUCAUAAACGCGGAAAGAAAAUUACAUCAAAUACCUAAGGACAAGCCACAAAAAACUUCAAAGGAUGAAUUAGAGCCUGAGAUUGUUGUUGUUCAAGAAACAUCUUUAGCACCAUGGUCAGAUGUUACAGAACCACAACCAGAACCAGAACAACUGUUACCCGCAACUGAGACAUCUCCAUCCCAUGCUCAGUCGUGGUCUUCAAUAGUUUCACAAACAACAAAGGUGACGCCAUCAAUUCAGGAGACCAUUGUUACUGAGGUGGUUACACAAUUUGUGGAAACUCAGGAACCACUAGAGAAGCCUAAAAAACAAAAGCCAAAGAAGGAGAAGAAACCCAAAGCUGAACCCCUUCCAGAACCUGUUAAGGAAGUGACCACUGUUGUCGAAGAAAUUGUGACAGAAAAAGAAGAGCCUGUUCCAGUUGCCGAUGAAACACCUUUAGCACCAUGGUCAGAUGUUACAGAAGUCAUAUCACAAUCGGAACCAGAACAACCGAUACCCGCAACUGAGGCAUCUCCAUCCCAGCCUCUGUCGUGGUCUUCAAUAGUUUCACAAACAACAGAGGUGACGCCAUCAAUUCAGGAGUCCAUUGUUACUGAAGUGGUUACUACACAAGUUUCGGAAACUCAGGAACCUCUUGAGAAGCCUAAAAAACAAAAGCCAAAGAAGGAGAAGAAACCCAAAGCUGAACCCCUUCCAGAACCUGUUAAGGAAGUGACCACUGUUGUCGAAGAAAUUGUGACAGAAAAAGAAGAGCCUGUUCCAGUUGCCGAUGAAACACCUUUAGCACCAUGGUCAGAUGUUACAGAAGUCAUAUCACAAUCGGAACCAGAACAACCGAUACCCGCAACUGAGGCAUCUCCAUCCCAGCCUCUGUCGUGGUCUUCAAUAGUUUCACAAACAACAGAGGUGACGCCAUCAAUUCAGGAGACCAUUGUCACUGAAGUGGUUACUACACAAGUUUCGGAAACUCAGGAACCACUUGAGAAGCCUAAAAAACAAAAGUCAAAGAAGGAGCAGAAACCCAAAGCUGAACCCCUUCCAGAACCUGUUAAGGAAGUGACCACUGUUGUCGAAGAAAUUGUUACGGAGAAGGAAGAGCCUGUUCCAGUUGCCGAUGAAACACCUUUAACACCAUGGUCAGAUGCUACAGAAGUAAUACCACAAUCGGAACCAGAACAACAGAUAUACUUAGAUGAGACAUCUCCAUCCCAGCCUCUGUCAUGGUCUUCAAUAGUUUCACAUACAACAGAGGUGGUGCCAUCAAUUCAGGAGACCAUUGUCACUGAAAUGGUUACUACCCAGGUUUCGGAAACUCAGGAACCUCUUGAGAAGCCUAAAAAACAAAAGUCAAAGAAGGAGAAGAAACCCAAAGAUGAAUCCCUUCCAGAACCUGUUAAGGAAGUGACCACUGUUGUCGAAGAAAUUGUGACAGAAAAAGAAGAGCCUGUUCCAGUUGCCGAUGAAACACCUUUAGCACCAUGGUCAGAUGUUACAGAAGUCAUAUCACAAUCGGAACCAGAACAACCGAUAUCCUUAGCUGAGACAUCUCCAUCCCAGCCUCUGUCGUGGUCUUCAAUAGUUUCACAAACAACAGAGGUGACGCCAUCAAUUCAGGAGACCAUUGUCACUGAAGUGGAUACUACACAAGUUUCGGAAACUCAGGAACCACUUGAGAAACGUAACAAACAAAAGUCAAAGAAGGAGAAGAAACCCAAAGCUGAACCCCUUCCAGAACCUGUUAAGGAAGUGACCACUGUUGUCGAAGAAAUUGUGACAGAAAAAGAAGAGCCUGUUCCAGUUGCCAAAGAAACACCUUUAGCACCAUGGUCAGAUGUUACAGAAGUCAUACCACAAUCGGAACCAGACAAACCGAUACCCGCAACUGAGACAUCCGCAUCUCAGCCUCUGUCGUCGUCGUCAAUAAAUUCUCAAUCUACAGAGAUAACGCCUAUAAUUUGCGAGACCGCUUUGACUGAGAAAGCCACAAUUAUUUCAAGUUCUGAUUCGACUUCUGAGUCGUCGUCUGUGCCAUCUGAGCUUGAUCCAUUUGUAUGCGAAACUUCAUAUUGGUCUGCUACGUUGAAACCUGCACAGAAAACAACAAUUUCCGAAGAAACUUUGGAAGUAGUUAACUCGGGCAAUGAAAAGGAUCAACGAAUUUCUCUUGCAAUUCCCGUUAGCGAGUUGAUUGAAGAAGUAUCAGUAGAAUCUCCCACAGACCAACCAACUACAUGGUCAGCUAUAGUUCAGACUGAGACUACAGUCUUCCCGACACCAGUAUCCCAGGAGGAAGAUAAGGCUAAAUUGCCGGCGUGGUCUACAGUAAUUGUGAGCAAAAAUACGGACUUCCAAGAGCCAAAGCCUCAAUUUGAUAUUGACAUAAAAAAUACGGAAACAACAACAUAUGUAACAACAACUGUAACGACACACACGGAUGUACCGACAUCACCGCCACCAUUAUAUGUAUCUACUAUUGUCACAACACACUCGCAGUCCGAUCAUUUGGAACCUGCUGCAAGUCCAAGCAACAUUGAAAUACUUUCCAAAAAUUUACACGCCGAAGCAACUAAGUUGCAUCCGCGAUAUGAUUUACUGGAAACACAAUAUCAAUUACUGGAAGCAAAUAAUAUUACAGACAAACCAGAAAUACCAAGUGACAUUGGUACUUUCGAAGACGUCGAAGAUAUAACGAGUAUAGAUGAUUAUGUUAUAAUUGAACCCGACUCAGUAACCCAGCUAAAUACUGAAAUAUUAGCUUUCAAUUUAUAUCUUGAUCAGUUAAACCUAUUGCGCUCUUUACCAUGUGAUUCUGAUAGUCAGUUGCAUUUAGUGAAAUCUAAAGAAUCGAUUAAACAAGUAUCCGAAGUUCAGGUAGAACCAAUAGUAGUAGAAAAGCAAGUAGAUAUAGUCGAAGUCCAGGACUUGCAUAAACCUUUGGUAGAAGCCCCAUUACAGGUUCAUGAAAUUAAGACUUUAGUCGAAACUCCCAUACACGAGGAUUUAAUACCAGAAUCUACGGCUAAGGCAAGUGAUUUGAUAUGGCAUCUAAGUCAGGACAAUUUUGGAAACUUAAUUAAACAUUACAAACAAUCUGCUGACGAUACAUACGCAAAAUUCGCAAAGAUUACCACGGACUUAAAAACAGAUACAAUUACAAAGAAAGCUCAGGAAUCACAAGACGAUAAGCAUAAGACUGACAUCAUUACAGAAACUGUAGUGACAACGACUACGAUUACAGAGUCAAGUAAAUUGACAUCUGAUCAAAUUGUAGAAGAUAAGACUGAAACAGAGACAUCGUCAUUUGAAAACAUUCCUACCGUUGAAGAGCCAGUGGCACUGCAUGCAGUUGGCGAUCUCGAUCAAUUGCGUCUAAAUCUGUACCUAGAUGACUGGCAACCAGCAGUUUCUCUGUCAGGUUUAGACGAAGACAGUAUCGAACGGUUAAAAUCUGCUGAUGCUACUGGUAAUGAUGCGGACUUUGACAAAGACAGCAAACGCGACGAUGUUGCUGAUCAAAAGGACGAUAACGAUGACGAUGAUGACGAUGACGACGACGACGAUGAUGAUAGGGACAAAUUGACUGUGCCAGAAAUACGCAAACCGAACGACGAUGAUGAUAAAUCAAACGAUAGAGAUCCCGGUAGUGGUAGUAGUGGUAAUGUAACACCAACUCCCGAACAUGAUGCCAGUCAGAAUGCACAAAACCGUAGCUGCUCAUCAGAGUAUAUGGCAACAGAUUUACCAGGGGGUGUAGGUCAUUGGCGUGAUCAGAGUACUUACUUGGCAUUAGAAGCCGAAACUCAAGUAGAACAAACACCAAUAGAAGAGGGCGGGAAAUCAACAGUAGUACUAACCCAAUCAGAAAUUCCAAGUUCACUCAUAACCCCUGAAGCAAGUCCCGAUUCUCCUUACACUGCUACAACUUCAACUAACGUGGCAAAUGCACUAAUCCAAUUGGCGAGCGCCACAACUCAUACGCUGUCUGCUGCAGCAAAUGCUGCAACUGCAGCAGCCCAAACGACAACACUGGCUGCAACCAGCGCGCUUUUACCAGUUGCCGCAGUAGUUAUCGAUAAGUUGACUACGGCCACGACAACAUUAACAUCACCAGUGGAGGCACCAGAGGUAUCGAAGGUAACAGAAGAGUUUACAUCAGCAACAUCUACUGAUGCAACAACCACAACGGCGACACCAAAAACACCAGCAACAAUACCCGAAACGACAACAACAACCAACACCAAUAUUGAUGACGAUAAUGUAGUGGUAGUGACGCCAGUUGACAAUUCCAAUGUCCUAAAGCGCACCACUACCACAACAGUUACGACAACAACAACAACCAUUGAGACGCCAGCUGGCGCCUCGACGUCAACAACAACAACAUCGACAACAUCAAGCGCCGAUCUGCAACAACAACGCCAGAAGGAACUCAUUGCGCAAGAACUCGACGAACUGCUACAAUCGCUUUCAAGCGUCGAGGAUGGCAUCGCGAACAUGAAUCAGAGUAGCCUGGAAGGCAUGCUGCAAGGAUUGAAGCUAAUCCAAACCAAUCUGGAAGUACACGAAAGGGACGCACAUAACCUAAAGGAACAAGCCAGGCAUUUGCCUACAGAUCCUGCCACUGAACGCUUGCUGAACGAGACAACUGAUCGCAUUGACUUGCUCCUAAGACGUACUCAACAAGGAAUUACCAUGAUAGCCAACGCUAUGCAUGGCCAGAAAAAGCGUCAAGAGGAGAUCGACCAAUACCAAGAGCAUUUGCUAGAAUUGGAACGAUGGAUCACAGAAGUAUCGGCCGAGUUGGCAUCGUUUGAGCCCACACCUGAUAGUAGUACGGAUGAACAGGUGUUGAAAUCACAGGUGGAACGUAGCCAGCAAUUGUUGCGUACCCUAAAAGAUCGUCAACAGUCUAUGGAUGAUUUGAUGGAGCAAACGCGCCAGCUUCAGACCCAACCCGAUGUAGCUCCACUUGCCAAUACAUUGAUGGAACAACUGCAAAGCAUAAUAACCAUUAUAAGGGAGCAAAUAACUGUGGCCACCACUCGUAUCUUUACCAUUGAGAAACGAAUUGUUGAUCUACGUAAGGCUAAGAACGAUGAAAUUCAGCGGCAAAGAAUUUUGGCCGAUGCACAAAUCCAGCCACCGAUUGAUAGGCCAGAUGCAGCGCAUGAAUCGAUUGAGUCCAACGAGAAUACCAUUGAUUCCACAUCGAUGCCCGAAGAAGAAAUCAAACCAACAGGCGUUUAUGUGGAAACUCAGACAUCGUUUAGCCUACAGCAACCAGCGCUUCAACAAGUAGAAACAAACACUGUGGAGGCACAGACCAGUUUUAAGGAGCCUGCUAUAGAAACAGCUGAGGUUGCUUUGCAAACUCAAAAGGAACGUCAGCCAACUGAAAAUAUUAUGGUAACUCAAACAGUUCAACAUGGUCAAGAAACCAUUCAAAUCGAUACGAGUUUCAACAAGGAUGUUCCUGAUCUGCCCAAAGAUGUGGAAAUUGAGGCCCGUUACCAUCAAAAACCACAGGGUGACAUUGAUCGUGCAACCGAGCUAAUACUUAAGAACGUGCCACAAGCAUUUGAAACUACAUUUGUGGAACCCGAUGAACAAACCACCGAAGUAGUUGUUGGACCUGAUGGUACCAAGCAUAUCGUUUUAAAGAAGGUCACCCGCACACGUCAGCAGAUUGUGCAGCAACAGCAAAUUAGCUCCAUUGAAACAAUCAGCGACGCAGAUGGCAAUAUUCAAGUACAAUCGACCGGCCAAAUGAAUCUUGAGAAUGUAGAAACUAAGGAUACCAGUGCCGAUCCUAAGGAGGGCAGUUAUCGCACAGUUGUGACCCAACAAACCCGGGGAACUCUGAUCGACGGUUCGCAACCGGAGACAGUGACCGUGCAGGAAUUUGAAACCGAGCCUAUAAUUGAGCAAUAUGAGGAGCAGCUAAUUGGCAGCCCUGGUGAAACUGAAGUAACACUAUCUCAAUUGCCAACCGGUGUGGAGACGCAAAGUAGCAUUCGGGCAGUGGUCCAACAGGUGACGCGCAAGGUAAUUCGCAAAACUCGUAAAAUUAUCAAACGUGUCGUUAUCAUCGAUGGAAAGGAACAUAUCACCGAAGAGGUAAUCGAAGAGCCUGAAGAAAUUGAAGUAACCGAAGAGGAGACUGCUCCACACAUCAAUGUGAACAUUUUGCGAACGGUUAAUGGCAAAGUGGUUUCCGAAGAAGAGUUCCAGCGUUUGAUGCAGGAGCCAGGAGUGGUCAUCGAAGAAGUUGCAACGGAUCUGUCAAAGCCAAUGACAGAUGAACCGCAGCAACAGGUAUUUGAUAUUGAGUCUACCCACGUCAACACCACCACAACCACCACCAAAACAACAACAACAACCACACCACAACAUGAACAAGAACAACAAACACCACAACAACCAACAGCUACAACAACAAUAACAACAGAAACGACCAAAGAAGCACUUGUAGAGUUGCCAGCACCUCAAGUAGAUGUUGAAGAAUCUGUAGAAGUUGCUACUAUCAGUCCCGUUAAUGUUAUAGCCGAGGAUGUAACCACCACAACAGCAACAACAUUAGUCACUCCUCAAGAAGAACAACAACCAGUAGGCGUGGAAGAUAUCAAUGAAAUUUGGCCCCUGGAACAUCAUUUGAAGCCAACAAAUAUUGAAUUCUCCCAGCAUGAGGAGGAGAUAGCACCACCAGCGGCAGUAACAACCACUGAGAUCGAAACCAUUUGGCCAACAAGCCCAGAAACUGGAAAUUCGUUGUCACUGGAAACUUAUGAAUUUGAACCACAAUCAAUACCAGAAAAAGUUAGGCAAGCACAACCCAAUGAGACUGAAACUGCAUCUUCAACUGAGACUAAACCUGAGAUCGAGAAAAAACUGGCCACUGGUAGUAUUACAAUAACCACAACCAGCACCACAUUCACCUCUAAUAUGAAGGAGCAACCGGAAUUAGAAGUUCCUACAGAAGUUGUACCCAAUGAGAAGACUGAAAUUCAAAGUUUCUUGGAAGCCGAAAAGGCACAUGCUUUGAAACCACAUCAGGUGGAAGAAAUACAAAAACAACCUACUGAAGCAAUCACCAUUGAUGUGGUCGAGAGUGUGGAACAAACGUCUGAAGAGAUUAAGCCAGAAGAAAGCCUUGAUAAGCCAUGUGAAGUCACAGAAGUUACAAAGUCAGAUAGAAUUCAAACGCAAGAGAAAGAACCUGUAGCAGCAGACAAACAAUCGAUUGAUGACUCGCCUUCGGAUAGUCUUGGCAAGCAGGAUUCCGAGCCCGAUCAAAUUGAUGUACGCAUGGCCACACAACUAUUCAUUAGUGGUGAAGCAGCUACUACAGAGCCACCACGUAAAUCAUAUCAGGUUACAGCUCCAUCCAUUGUGGACAAUGGCUCAGGCGUUCUAAAGGUCGUAAUGAGUACGGAACAGGAAAAGAAAGAGGAAUCCGACGUGCACACCAAACCUAAGGUUAGCAUGACCAUCAUUGAGACGGCCACAACGACGCCAGCCGUUGAUGCUAGCAGUAAACGAAGUCGAAAGAAAAAGAAGAGAAGAGAUACUAAAUCCGAUGAGCAAUUGGAGGAUAAGACUGAACCUAAACCAGUAGUUGUGGCUGCAGAAAAGGAAGACGAGCCCGUUUCCUCAUCUGUCAGUUCACCACGUGAUGACCCAGUUAAAGUGCGGCAUGAAUCUGUUGUAGAGAUUAGUGCAGAUAGCGAUUUGUCGAGCAUUGAUAAUAGCAUUGACACAAGUGUCAAAAUUGUGGAAGAUGCAGUGGUAUCUUCUCCCUCCGAGUCUCCGCGUGCACCCAUUACAGAACUGGUAAUACCUACAGAGGUUGUGGAGCUAGCUCUUGUCGAAGAUGAGGAGCAGCAGACGACACCACGCGUACCAUCGCCAGCCAUUGUUGAGGUGGAGCAAGACAUAAAAUCUGUUCAAACUUCGCCACAGCAUCAACCGAAACUCGACGAAAUUUCAGUGCAGACAAGUCUAGAUAUUCAGCCCGAUAAUCAAGAAAAUGAAUCCCAAACAUUGAUUGUUGAAAUAACUGAGACUGAGGCUCAGACCACUCCAAGAGAGGAAGCACCCGAAAAGAUUGAACCAGUCGAGGUUUCGACUACUGAAAUGCAAACGGAUGUAAGUGGCCAGCCAGCAGAAACCACUGAAAUCUCCAGUCAAACCACUAUCAUAACGAGCAUUGAAAAAGAGCUGCAAACAACACCAAAAGAUUCACCGCGCGAAGCCGAACCAGGAAGCGGCGAUAUUGUGCCAGCUCUGGUUCAGGACUUGGUUAAGGAAAUGACUAUCGACUUGCCAGUACCCACAACGGAACAAUCCACGGUCACAGAGACGACUACCACUAUUGAAACUCAUGUUCAGACUCUAACCCCUGAGCCAACCGAGGUGGUAGGAGACAGUCUUGUGGUCAAGCCGGAGACAAUCAAUGAAGAAACCACUACGGAGGAACUGAUAAAGGUUAUCGAUGGCGAUACGCAGACAACACCACGUGAAGAGCAACAACCUCUCUCACUUGAUGAUGAGGCUUCGAUAACAGCGAGCACAUCAAUAUCCGAACCAUAUGAACUGGAGGUGAAGACUACUGUAGCCAUACCAGCCGACUCAGAUUGUUCCGUGGUAGAGCCAACAGUCUAUGAGUACACGCAGACCUUGGAAUUGCCAAAGAAGGAAAAGAAGUCUAAGAAGGACAAAAAGAAGCAAAAGCAUCAGCCGGAAUCACAGCCUGAGGAACCACAAAUAAGUGUGACCGUUGAAAUUGCACCUGAGUUGCUUACAGAAUCAGGCAUUGUGGUGUCAACCAAUCAGGAAGUUAUAGAGGAAGUUCCAUAUGUUAUACCGGAUGCUGAUGUCGAAGUGAUUUCAAAUGAACCAGAUGAACAGAAACCACAACGAGUUCAGUUACAAAUCACCAAGACAACCGUCUAUGAUGAGUACCCUGAGUUGCCAGUGCAUAUAACAGAGCAGAACAAAGUCAGCAUUGCCUCGCAACAGCAAUCGCAAAGUAAUAAGGCUGGACGCACUGCAGCUGGACCAACGUCGUCAGUGACCAUUGAAGAGGUAGCUUCACCCACAGAAGAGAUUAUGGUGCCUAUCACACCGGGUCCCGACAAUUUGAAUGAGCCAAACAUUUGGUUUAGUGCUACAACCAGUGUGGACAAGACACCAGUGGAGUUAACCCAAGCAUUGCUAUUGAGUGAGAGCAUGCAGCACUUCCCUGGCUCACAAGUUAAGCAGCAGCAGCAGCAAGCUCCAGCAAUUUGGGCCGAGACGAAAGAAGCCAUUGGCGGCCGCAUUAAGCAAUUAAAACAGGUGACGGCCACAACACCUCAGCAGGCAUCAACGACCACUCCUUUAAGCAAUGUUCUUCAUUUGGCUACUUUGUCCGAACAAAUUAAACAAGUGCCAACAGAACAGCGGUUGCAGGAAGUGAAUCAGGGUCUUCAGGAUUUGGAUUCUGCUCUGCGAAACGGCGAUCGGACAAUCAUUCAAACCACCGUGAUUACAGUUAUUGAAAAGGUCUCCACUUGGCUAGAGACAAUAGAGUAUCGUGUAUAUCUCAUACGUCAAAACUCUAACGAUGGUCCUUCCGAGGAGAAAUUGGAUAACUAUAAUCAAUUGAAUGAGGAAUUGCACACUAUUAAGGAGAAUGUUGGUCAUCUGGAAAAUCAGCUGACCCAUGCAACAAAACCUGUGGAACCCGAGCUAUUGCAAUGCGUCGACACUCUGAAAGAACAUGUUGAAGCUGUCGAACAGGUCACCCAACAGAAUCAGGACCAAGACACCAAGGACUACGAUAAAUGGCACAGCUUUGAAUUGCAAUUGCAGGAUGUCUCCUUGAUUCUUGAACAGCUGCAGCAACGCUUUGAGUUGACUAUCAAUCAGGAUUAUCCUCUCUCGGCAAAGUUGCAGCAAUUAGAUGACUUGGAAGCACAGCAUGAGGCAGCCCAACAACAAUUGGCUCAACUUAUGCAAAAUGCCAGAUCUUUCCAACGUGAUUAUCCUGGUAAAAAGAUGCCUCACGAUAUGCACAAUGCUUUUGAGUUAAACAAGAACAUUGGUAAUAACAUCCAAACGGAACGCGAACGUGUACUCCAGCUACAAUCACUGGCAGAGGAAUACGAGCAAACCCUGAAAGAGUUUACUAAUAUUACCGUUCUGGCCGAUAAGCUUGUUGAGAGUCCAAUUGUGUCUAGUUCGUUGGAACAAUUGAACAAUGAAGUUCAGAAGCAGCGCAAGUUCUUUGUCAACUUGAGUCACUGCCGAGCCAUGCUCGAGUCACUGGAAGAGAACAUUGACAGCGAAACACGUGAAAAGCACUCGGAGCUGCAUAAGGAACUUUAUAAUCGAGCUACCCAACUGCUAGACAAAGCCUCUGAACGUUCCUCCAAGUUGGUGCAAGCCGCUUCCCGUUGGACUGUUUUGGAGAAGGGAAUGCGGGAUGAACUGCAGUGGCUACAAGUGGCCCAACAGCGUGUACCCGAUCUUUCAGCCGUUACAUCGGCCGAUUACGAUCAGUACACAACGCUUUAUCAAUCCCUGAGCAAUGAUAUUUCCCAUCAUUAUGUAAAGAUGACUCAACUUUCCGGUAUAGCAAAUAAACUUCAGCAACUAGUCCAAGCGCCAAAUCUAGUGGAACAAACAAAUGAGGCAUUGAUAGUAUUGCUAAAGUUACGCGAAGAGGUGGCUCUCUAUUUGCAUCGCCUGCUGGUCUUCAAGGAGAUCUGGGUGCAGUACGAACAGCAAACAGAUAAAAUGGAAGCAUUUGUACGCGAAGCUGAGCAAGAGUUGAGACAGAUUCAAAUUCCAACUCAACAACCCACCCAACAACCUAUUGAGCAUAUGCGUCAGUUCUGGGAGAUCAAGGCCCGUUUUGGUUUACACAAUAACAUACGCAGCGAAGCCAGUCACAGUUUUGAGAAGUCUCUGCAGGUAAUACCAUUGGCCGACGAAAUGCUGCAGCGUCAAUUCCAUGCUCAAUUGGAGGACCGCUGGCAGGCCGUCUCUCAGGCCAUUGAACAAAUUCAACACAACAUUGUCCAGUGUCUGUCGUCCGAGGAUAUCGCAGCCGAUGAGAAACUAAAACUAGUCGAGCGUGAACUGCAAGAGAUCUAUCUGACCAUGACUAGCAUGAAGGGCAUAAUCAAGAACGAAGAGGAACUUUGUCUCUACAUUGAACGCAUUCAAGUUCUUCGCACUCGUGUUGGUUUCAUUGGCAACGAGUUGGGACGCAUUGGUCUCCAGGAGCCAGCUAUCGAACCUGAAAAGGUAGGCGAACUCUUCGCUCUAUCUCACAAGAUAAGCACACAAAUUGCCGAGGAAUUGGAAGGUGCUUCCGUAUUAAGAGAUCAACUGCAAGCCAUUCAAGAGGGCAUUAGUAACCAGCGUAAGCACCAAGCCAAAAUAUCCGUUAUUCUCGAUGAAUGUGAAGCUGCCGAACGACAAGGCGCCGAUGUUCUUGAAAAAGCAGUCCAAGAUUGCCAAGGUGUAGGUGAAGAGCUUGUGGCCAGUUGGCAGGAAAUCAUGCGUAUACGUCAAAUGCUGCACACACUACCAAUGCGUCUAAAGAUGUCUGUAUCGCCGCUAAAACUAGAACGCGACAUCUCUCAAUUGCAAGAUGAUCAUGCCUUCUUAGAGAGCAAGUGUACCAAUAUUAUGGCUAUACUUAGAAAUCGCUUAGCUCUCUGGCUACGUUACGAACGGCAAUUGGAACUGGUGCAUGGAUCUGUCCAGGAAACGGACUUUAUGAUGGAACUAAUACGAGUUCAUGGCCAGGUUGACUAUGAGCGUCUGCGAAAGGCCACCGAGAGAUUGGAGGGGCUUGCCGGUGAUCUACAUAAUCGUGAACAAUUGCUUAAUGAGCUAAAGGGUGCCGCCAAUCCCUUGAUCGAAUCCUGUGACGUACAAAUUGUCGAACAAAUCGAAUCGGCCGUCCAAGAUGCGGUAGUCGCCUGGAAUGAUACCACCGAGAACCUGCAACAAUUGUAUACACGUUAUCAGCGAGCUGUGGAACUUUGGGACAAAUACCGUAACGCUUCGGCGGCAGUGAAGAGUUCUAUUGAACAGCAAAUGGAUAGUGUCAAGUCCUUGGAGCAACCCUUGGAUGCCAUACAACAUGCCAAGGUCUGUCAAGAUAAUUUAAGCACACAAAAUGAUCGCCUGUUGGAACUACGUGACAUUGUGGCAAAAAUUGCCGCCGAUGUUGGUUUAGAUGCAUCCGCUUUAAUGCAAGGCGAAUUGGAUGCAUUGGGUCAACGAUUAUCGGAGUGCAAAGAAGCCAUUACCACAUUGGCCAAUGUGGCAGAAGCCCAAGAUAAGGAACGCAAAGAGCUGGACAAAGAGGUGACACAGGCAAAGACUUACUUCAACAAUGUGCAGCAGGAAAUUUCCCGAGAGCCACCGCAGACACCCAAAGAAAGUGAAGAACAAUUGGCUGCUCUGAGAUCUCAUUUGCAGACUUUGGCUCGUACCGAAGAGCAAUUGCGGCAGCUAAGUCAACGCCAGCAAGACAAUGACCAUUUGAUUGCUCCGACAGAUGAUGGCAUUUUGGAGGUACUAGCAUUAUGGCAAAAGAUAUUCCAGGACACAUUCCAGGAAUAUCAUCGUCUGUCCACACGCCUGGCCCGCAGUCAGAAUAGCUCGGAGGCCUUGCGUUUGUGGCGUCAGUACCUGCAGCAUGUUCAGUCCUUCCUCUCAUGUGCCAUUCCCGAGGAUUAUAGCAGCUUGCGCGAACAGCAGCAACUUUGUGCCAUUCACCAGAAUCUCCUUGUAUCUCAGCAGAGUGUGUUGGCUGAAACGCCACUGGAAUCGGAAUUGUCCGAGCAAUACAAGGCCCUGACCAAUCUGCAUAAUGAAACUUUGUCGAGGAUUAUGCAACGGAAUGGUGAACUGGAGCGCCGCGUUUGCGACUGGAAUUUGUAUCGUCAGCAGCUUAACGCUCUUCUCGAUUGGCUCAGGCAACGAGAGGCCGAAAGGAAUGCCCUGCAAUUACGAUAUAUCCAUCUUAAGCGUGUUCCCCAUCUAAAGGCACGCUUGGAGGGCUUGCUCCAACAGCUUGGCCAAGGCGAACAACAAAGUAAAUCUCUGCUGGCACGCCAACAAGAGUUGUCCCGCCAUUGUGAUGACGCAUUGGCCACAUCCAUGCGUAUGGAACAAGCAAGCAUUACCCAGAGGAUAAGUAAUCUACGAGCUGCAUUGGAGACUUGGCAAGGUUUCCUGCAAAGGAUCACCCAAUUGGCAAAAGACUACGAACACCGAGUCAGUCAGUUGCAAAAGGAGUUCUCUUCGGCGCAACAACUAUUGGAUGCCAAUAGUGAACACUUGCCAACUCAACCCGCGGCCAUAGAACAACUGCUGGGUAAAUUGCGAGCUCAACGUGUCCAAUUGGGUCUCCAAACACAGGGUCUAGAGAGUCUUACUGUGACCCAAGAAGAGCUUAAGGAGUGCAUUAGUCCCCAUGAUAUGAAGGCGAUUCGUCAGCGUAGCUGGUUGCUUUGGCAACAGCAUGCAGAUUUGGAUUACCAACUGGCGGCUCUGAUCAAUGCCAUCGAAGAGCGCCUCUCACUGCUGUCCAAUUAUCAAACUCGCUAUGGACGCAUCUCCCAGUGGCUGCAACGCCUGGAGCAGCGUGUGGAGAGCAAUGCUGAUGCCUCGGCCAUGACAAAUCCCGAACAAGCGGCCAAACAGUUAGAGCAGCAAAUCAACUCCGAACUGCAAUUGCGUGAUAAGGAACGUGAAUGGUUGCUCUCCACCAGCCGUGAGCUAUUGCAACUGUAUGCAGAGCCGGAAAUACGUGGUCAAGUCCAGCAGCAAAGUGAUUCACUCAUUGAUCGCUGGCAACGUCUGAAAUAUUUGUGCAAACAGCGUUCAACCAAAAUAGCAGAACUGAAGAUGACUUUGUUGCGUCUGGAGGAACGCAUAGCCCUGAUCAGGGCUUGGCUAUUUGAGGUGGAAUCACAAUUGGACAAGCCGCUGAGCUUCGAUAGCUACACACCCAAUGUGAUAGAGGCCAAACUGCGGGAGCAUGAACAAAUCCAGCGUUCGAUUGAACAUCAUAGCAGCAAUGUGGGUGAAGUCUUAAAUCUUGUUGAGAUGCUGCUCAACGAUGCAGACAGUUGGCGUACCCAGGUGAACACCUCUGGUCUGGCUAGCUCAGCCCAAAAUCUGGAGCAACGUUGGAAGAAUGUUUGCAGUCAAUCUGCGGAGCGUAAGCAACGCAUUUUAACCAUAUGGAAUCUUCUCCAGCAGCUGAUUAAAUUAACAGCCGAGCACAAGAAUUGGCUGGGCACACAAGAAACGCAAUUGGCUGGAUUUGAGAGAGAUCAGAAAUCCUCAAACAAGCAAAAAAUAGAGGAGCGCCAAAAGGAACUCAAGGCCAAGCUAGAGGAAUUGGACAGUCAGGCGGUGAAUCUGCGUCAGCUGGAGCAUACAUAUGCCAAAUUAACCAUGAGUGCUGGCGUUGAACCCGAGAACAUACAGAAACUCACCCUGCCCACCAAAGUUAUGAUUAGUAAAUGGCGUCAAUUGACUCCACGUUGCCAUGCCCUGCUCGAUGCCAUUGAUAAGGAUGCCAAAAUCUUGCGAGAGUUCCAAACCGCCCAAGCGGAGGCAACUCAAUCGUUAAAUGCCAUACAAAAAGCCCUCGAACAACUGCCCACUGUUGAAGAUCAAAAGAAUUCAAAGUCUGAUCCAAAGGCUGUACUCCAGCGUCUAGAUAGCCUGGAGCGUAAGCUCCAAGAAGCCCAACAGCAUGUCCAACAGGCGGACGCCCUAUCCCAAGAGGCCAAAGCACGUACUAAACAACAACCCCAAUUGAAGCAACUUCUACAAUUGAUUGCCGAUUAUACAACACUCUGGCAGACUGUACAGACCCGUAUCGUCACAUUGAAGACCAAUUGGUUAGCCAAGGCAGCUGCCGCCGGCGCCGCUGCUGCUUCAGCGAUACCCGUUACCGAAGCUGCCAAUGCUGCUGUCCAGGUGAAUACAUUGUCGCAGCGCAAACUGCGUCAGGCACAGCAAAUGCAACGCGAAACCUCCAUCACGGCCAAGGAUGCCUACGGCAUGGAGCUGCAGACAGCGAUUACCGAAUGCCAAAACAAUUUGGAUGAAUUGCAGCGCACCAUAAUCGAUAAAACGCGCAAACCGGGACCCCAGAAGAUAGCCAAACUCUUGGGCAAUGCUCAGUCAUCCACCGAAUUGGUCAAACACUUGAGUCAUCUGCUAAUAACGGAAUGCAACGCCGACAACCAGGCCGCACAAGUUGACGCAGUGGCAGAGCUGGCGUUGCGCUUUGAUACACUGCAAUCGCAGUGGAAAGCGCGACAGCAGCACGAUCAAAAUGCAAGCGAGGUCGGCCGCCUAACCUGUCCGCUCUGCACGCAACGUAAUUGGCAACAGAUCGACAACGAUCUGUGGCGUCUGGAGCAAUGGCUACAAUUUGCCGAGAGUACACAGAAAGCCCAAGGCACUCCGCCCUCGAAUAUUGAACUGCUGGAAGAUGUGACCCAGGAUCAUCGCGAAUUCCUUUUGGACUUGGAGAGUCACAAAUCAAUUAUCUCAUCCCUCAAUGUGGUCGGUGAUCAUUUGGCUACGCACACCCUGGACACGGAUAAGGCGCGUCAAUUGCGCUCUCGUCUCGAAGCGGACAAUGAGCGCUGGAACAAUGUUUGCAUCAAUGCCACCAAAUGGCAGGGUCUCCUACAAACGGCCCUUAUGGGUAACAGUGAGUUCCAUCAGACCAUCGGUGAAUUGGUCGAUUGGUUGCAGUCUACCGAACAGAAUAUCAAGGCAUCCGAACCAGUGGAUCUAACCGAAGAGCGUUCAGUGCUUGAGGCCAAGUUAAAGAAAUUCAAGGAUCUGCGUGCCGAAUUGGAACGUUGUGAGCCGCGUGUGGUUAGCCUACAAGAUGCCGCCGAUCAACUACUACGAUCUGUUGAGGGCUCAGAGGAACAAUCUCAGCAUACCUACGAAAGAACACUUUCCAGAUUAACCGAUCUGCGACUCCGUCUGCAAUCGCUACGUCGCCUCUCCGGCAUCUAUAUUGUCAAGCUUGGCGCUGUGCUGGGCUAUGAGUGCGAUAAUCUGGGUGUCCCAUUGCUAAUACUCUCCAAUGAGCUUUUGGAUAAUACUACAUUAUCAACCUCUUCUAUGCAGGCCGCCGCACCAAACACAGAAAAUGCAAACAACGAAGGCGAUGCUGCCGAUGGCGAUGUCAUCAAUACCACGGUUCUGGCGCGAGGUGCUCGAUUCCUAGGGCGCGUUGCACGUGCUUCCCUGCCCAUACAGGCGCUAAUGUUGCUGCUUUUAGGUGUGGCAACUCUGGUGCCCCACGGUGAGGAUUACACAUGCAUGUUCUCCAACACCUUUGCUCGGAGUCUGGAGCCAAUGUUGUCGUACCCGCAUGGACCACCACCAACGUAAUAAAUCGAACCAAUCUCAAACCUGUCAAAUUAGUUGAAAGUUGCUGGAAAAGCUAAAGAUGUUGUCGGAAAAAAUUAUAAGUUAUAUUUGGAUUAGUGCAGAACAAAAACAAAAACGUCUAACAAAUUAGGAAAAAGUUUUACCUGAAAAUGCCUUUUAGUAAAAGAAAAAUAUCAAAAGAAUGAAUCAACUAAGAACAAGAUGAUAAUUAUCAUCAUGAAAAAAACAUAUUUUAUAAUCAAAAAUUCUUGUACGAAGGAUAUAUAAGGGCAAUCAAAAAAGCAGCCUGUAAAUUUGUAAAUGUUUUUGUAAUUUUCAACAAUUAAAUAUUGGUUUUGAUAGCUAGAGGCAUAUAAUAAAACACAUAA